CUUGAAAUACAAACUUACACUGGAACAGUCAAGGCUAGAGUCACGCUGCCCUUGACUCUACUUUUGAGGUAUGUACUAAUUUCCUGCACCCGUACUGACCAUGACAAUGACCUUUCAAUUGAUAUGUCUGGCGGUGUAUUGUGCUAGAAUUCUGAAAGGUCAUAUUUUGCAAAUGGAAAUAAUCAAUGUUAAUUUAUCAUAGAAUUCUGUCAGCAUUGCAUUUUAUCCUAAUCCAAAUCUUUGAAGUCUGCCGAAAGUAUAAUAGAGAUCAGAGGAUCUUCUACAUAGUUGCAUUACCUUACUUAAAGUAUUUAUUUUACCAACCUCAGAGAGGUGAAGGGCUGAAUUUACUUGGUUGGAAAUUUGAACCUGUGAUUCAGAUACUGUGGCAGGAGCCCUAUGCGCUGGUUCACGAGUCUUAGUGGGUGUAGCUGUAACAAGAAGCAAUAGUCCUGUGGUGUCCAACGUUUUUCUUAUGUUUUAAGUUUUUUAAUCAAACAGUCUGCUGAUUAGAAAACCUACUGAAAUAUGGAAUGUUUAGUAUAAGCAGAGCUCUAUAGAACAUUCCUUGUAGGCACAAAAUCUUUAAAGAGCAGAUUAUAAUGAUGGAUUUUCAUUCCCACGCGUGUGUCAAACACAUCAGUAAAGAGAUGUUAUGUUCUGGACCAGGGAUGCCCAAAAGGUAGAUCCCCUGGUGUUGUAGAACUACAACUCCCACAAUGCUUUUCAUGCAUUUGAAAUGUCUUUAGAAUGGCAAAGCAUCAUGGGAGCUGUAGUUUGAAAACAUCUGGGGAUCUACCUUUUGGGCACCCCUCUUCUAGACCAUAGUCUAAUAGGGUUAUUUACUAAAGUGAGCAUUUAAAGUGAAUUUCAACUUUCAGGCCAGAGUAAAUGAAGUAAAUGCAUACCUGGUUUAGAGAAUUUUUUUCAAAUUCAUUUUGAAUUCACUUUGAAUUCUCACUUUAGUGAAUAACCCUGUAACUAGUGCUUUUUUUCUGUGAAACUCCACAAUCCUAAGAAGGAAUAGAUCUCACCUCAAUUCUCUUUGUUUUCUGCCCAGAAGUGUUACUUCAGUGGCCUCUUACUUACCCCAUUUACAGACAGGGUCAUCUUUAACGUGGGCAAAAGGGCACUGUCAUCCUAGGGGGCCCAAAGCAGCUGCCCCUUCAGCCUGCCGGCCACCAUAGUGCAUGUGGCCCGAAUGGAACUACCACCGUAGGCCACACGUUGAGGAGGCAAUGUAUUUUCGGGGGCCCAGUCAGCACUGUGGCCCUUUAAGAGUGCGACCGGGCCUCCUGUGGUGAUGCCACAAUGCUUGGAGGAGGUCACUGCCUCCCAGCAUUCACCGAGCGCCGCGCAGGAGGAGAAGAAGGGAGGAGGGAGUCAGAGCUCACACUCAUUGGCCUGAGGCCUGGACCUCAGGGGAGUCACCUCCUGCACCUGAAAAGUAGGACUCAGGAGGGUGACUAAAGAAUGUACAUUUUGCAUGUUUUAGGUGUAUCUGUUUGUAUGUGUGUCUGUAUGUGUAUCUGUUUUUGUGUGCCUGUUUGUAUGUGUAUCUGCAUGUGUGUAUGUAUCUAUGUGAUUGUGUUUGUGUGUCCAUUUAUGUAUCUGUUUGUCUGUAUGUUUAUCUGUGUGUGUAUUUGUCUGUAUGUGUAUCUGUGUGUUUGUAUUUGUAUCUGUGUGUGUAAAUGUUUGUAUGUGUGUCAGUGUGUGUAUCUAAAUGUGUAUCAUUCUGUGUGUCUGUUUAUCUGCAUGUGUGUCAGUGUGUGUGUCUCAAGGGGAGAAGCUAUCCACACACACAUAACAUAAAGGCAAAAAAGUAACGCAAGCUAUCACACUAGAUGCAGAUAUGGAAUAAGAGUAGAGCAGAGAGACACGAACCCCAAAUUGGGGGACACACAACAAACACACAAACCACGUAGCACACAAAGAGGCAACACCCACAAGAAACGCACACUGGGCAACCAACUGAAACAUAGCAACAACAAAGAAAUGAACAACUAAGAAGACUCGAAACAAGUGACAAGAUAUACAGACAGAGCAGACACGUCACCACACAAUAGGACUACGAGCACAAAACAAAACACUACAUCAGACCCACUUACACUAAUGCUAACAUAAACUGACGGACACCAGCAAACAGACACAUGGCUUGACAGAAUACUGGGCCAAGGAGACGGAGAUUACUAAAAACGAAACAGGGAGAAAAACACCAGGGGAUAUUUCACCCCUUCCAUGGUAAAGGGCCUAAGCGACACGGGAGUACGCAAUCAAGCAGCCAAACUAAAAGGGGUAGCAUAGGCACACCAUGGACUGAACAGGGAUCGACACUAUAGCAACAUACUGAGUGGAUGGCAUAGGCCACACAAAACAAUAACCCAAGCACCCCCAGACAUCGGCAUAACAUUCUAAUACACCACGGGCCUCACGUAGGCUAAGGUCCAUAACCAAUAGGAAAAAGUAAUAACUCGCACGUGACCUGUGAGCCUAAAAACCGCACCAAACUAAGGGUAACUGAACGCCCACACACUUCCGAAAAAGCUUGACACAUAAACAGCACCAGAGGUAUUGAACAGAUACUUGUGAGUCUCGCGCUUUGACGCCCACGAUUAAGUCUAAGUCUAUGUAAACAGUAAGAAUUGGCGAAGUUAAAAAUCAUAUGUACAAAACUAAAUAUUAUAAGGGACCUGCGUGUCCGUCAACAUAGUGGGCCUGCGAGCCCGAGCGCAUACCCACAUGCUCUGCUACCAACGCUAAUGCAUGUUGUUCAAACUGUUAUUGUAAAAUGUAGUUUGGAACGAUAAUGUUAAAUCUUCUUUAUUCCCUUUUGUCUUCAGUUGAUUGAUAUAUACGUCUUUUGUAUAUAUAGUCUUGGACCAAAUUUGCUCGCCACAUUAACAUAUGUCCAUAUUAAUGAAAAGUACUAAUACGCAAUCUGACUUACGGUUUCUUCAGGUUUAUUCUUAGUUACUGAUAUAUAAUAAAACAACAAAGGCUGUUACAGGAUAAUGGAUUUUAACAGCAGAUGGUAAUUGCUGGACUCCUGAAGGGAGAGUUACAUCGUUGUACAGAAAAGAGAGCCAAGAGAGACCUUGUGUCUCUUUGUUCAGUUACUAUAUAGAAGUGCCCAUACUGACGUCAGACUAUAACUCUAGCCAUAUAAGGACAAGACCCCCAAAUCCACAUUCCAGAGCUCUCAGACAAAGAAAGCCUUGUGACUUAGACCAUCUGUUACUUAUGUCAAUUCACACAUCCAUAUAUAAUCAAUAGAAACAUAGAAUAUGCAAUAUUCUACAGUUAUCAAACUCAACAUGUCUUCUGAGACCUGCGAGUCCCACUAUUACUUAACUUUGACAACACAAAUAAAUACCAUAUUUACAAAAGCACUUCUUUAUUAUCACUGAUAACAAAAUAAAAACAAAAAGAAACAAUUGAACAGAAUAAAUUCUAGAGUCGAAAUAUAUUUCGGAACUCUACAUUCUAACACCCAAUAAGUUCAUAUGAUGGACUUUGCCAUUGCACACAGGGCCGGCGCUACCUGUAAGGCGACCUAGGCAGCCGCCUAGGGUGCAACUUAGCAGGGGGCGCCGGAUCCCUGCACCAGGAAUCACCGGUGCAGCUCAUCCGGCGCAGCACUGCUGUAUGGAGGGCGGUCGGAUUUGAGUGACUGGCAGAAGGGAAGCGCAGAGCGCUCCCUCCUGCCGGUCUCUCAAUGUAGCGUGGCCGGGCGGCGUGGAACGCGGGACAGGAACCUCUGUUUCCUGUACCCGGCCGCCGGCCGACUGACAGGAAGUGCUCACUUCCUGUCAGUCCGCUGGUGGCCGAGUACAGGAAACAGAGGUUCCUGUCCCGCGUUCUGCGCCGCCCAGCCACGCUACAUUGGCAGGAGGGAAGAGGAGGGUAAGGACCACUAGGGGAAUAGGGAGGGGGGAUUAAGGACCACGGAGGGAGGGGGGACUAAGGACCAUGGGAGGUGGGGACUAGGGCCACUGGGGAGAAGGGGACACUAAGGACCACUGGGGAGGAGGAGGGAGGGGGACUAAGGACAACUGGGGGAGUAAGGACCACUGGGGGAGGAGGGGAAGUAAGGACCACUGGGGGGGAGGGAGAAGAAGGACCACUGGGAAGGGGAGACUAAGGACCACUGCGAGGAGGGACUAAGGACCACUGGGGUAGGAGGAGCAGGGGGACUAAGGACCACCUGGGAGGAGGAGGGGACUAAGGACCACUGGGGGAGGAGGAGGGACACUAAGGAUCACUGGGGAGGAGGGGGACACUAAGGACCACUGGGGGAGGAGUAAGGACCACUGGGGGAGGAGGGGGGGUAAGGACCACUGAAGGAGGAGGGGGGAAGGUCCACUAGGGGUUUGCCAGAGGGAGGACCACUAAGGGGGGGGGAAGAGGGGAAGGACCACCAAAGGGGAGGGAGGGAGGACCACUAAGAGGGAGAAGGGGGAGUGAGAAGACCACCAAGGGGGGACUGCAGAGGGACAGGGGGCCAAGGGAGAGCACUAAGGGACAGAAAGGGAGAACACUAAUUGACAGGAGGGGUGAGCACUAUGAAAUUUUUUUAACAAAAUAAAGAGCUGCUCCCCUCUCAGUCCCUAUCCUACCCCACAAACCCUCUCUUUUACACUACACACAUACACAAUUCAUCCCCACACACACACACACCCAGAAACAUACAAUGCAUCCUUACUCACACACAGACACACCCGAAACACACAAUGCAUCCCUUACGCUCACACAAACACUCAUUCUCUUACACACAGAAACAAAAUGCAUUUAUUACACACUCAAUGAACCCCUUACAGACACACACUGCAUUCAAUUACAAACACAGCAACACACCUUGUAUCCCUUACACACACACACCCAGAAACAUACAAUGCAUUCCUUACAUGCAAACACACACUGCAUCCACUAUUCACACACCACAUCCCUUACACAAAUUGGUAUCCCUAUACACUACAUUCUAUAAGAACACACACACAUUGCAUCCUCUACAAUAACACAUAAAACAUCCCCUACACACAUACACUCCACUACCUGUGAGAGAACUCAUGGGUGGGCUGUGUAGGUGGAUUUAUGGGUGGGCAUUGUAGGCAUACUCACGGUAAAGCACUGGGGGCCCAGAACUUGAGCUGUGUAAGGGGCCCUAAAAAUGGCGCUGCUUCCUGUUCUACACCAGACCUUUGGAGCCAGACUGAGCCCAUCAUCAGCCUCUUGUCCUCAUCUGGUGGUAAGUAGGCAAUCCAAUAUAUUAUUAGUGGCACUAAUCUCUAAUUUACCUCACAUUAAAUGGAUACUAUAGUCACCAGAAGGACUACAGCUUAAUGUAAUGGUUCUGGUGUCUAUAGCCUGUGCCUGUAGGCUUUUUAAUGUAAACACUCUGUCUUUUCCGAUAAAAGACACUUUGUGAAGAUUGGCGUUGGCCCAUAAGGCAGAGCAUAUGGGCGGGGCAUUAUGAUGUCACAUGGUGGGCGGAACAUAUGGGGGGGACGGCAAAAAAUUUUUUUGCCUAGGGCGGCAAAAAUCCUUGCAACGGCCCUGAUUGCACAGUUAGUGUUCCAUCAAACAAUAGUUAUUAAGUAUGACCGUUUGAGUCCAGAGAUCUAGGCUAGAUACCCUGGCAGGAUAAUUUACUAUAGUGUAAAGUGCGAAGGAUUCAAUGCGAAUUUCAAAGGUUAUUCCUUAAUAGCCAAAUUGAGUUAUGACUGACUGAGAAUUUUCACAAUUCUGCCAUUUGGUCGUGAAAUAUGACGUUCUCUUUGAAUUCCAAACCAUUGACACCCCAUGGAUUGUUAAAAUACCAAGUAGAAAAGAGCUGUUUACUGAACAUGUUGGAUAUUGGAAGGCUAAGCAUGGUGUAGUCACCCAUGUUAUUUUAAAACUUGGUAAAGUGUGAGCUUCCUGGUCAACUGGUCUUAAAUGAGAGUAAUGGAGAUGCCAUUGUGACGGAACGCUGGCACUCCGACUGAGUACCUCCGCCAAUCCAUGCUCCUAGCGCUUGCCGAGGACUCCAAGCACUCUAACCGACACCAUCAGCACUGCAGACCCCAAUUCCAGCGAUACAGCUGCGCCGGGGUCUCGCUGUUUUCACCCACCCUGGAUCCACAACCAGGAUCCAGCUCCCAGUGGGUGAACCUCUCCUAAAUCCAGAGAGCGUAGCAGGGACAAAUCAAGCUAUUGCAAGAGCUUACUCUGGGGAGUAAGUGAUUAUAGCAAUCCCCAGAGUGUAGGUAUCCCUUCCCCCAAACAUGAGCCAAGGCUUCAAGAAAGGUACAAGAUGAUCUGUUUUUAAUGACCACACACUGGCUUUUAUGCAAGUCCCCAUGCAAGGGGACAUCCCACAGGUUGGGACCCAGUAUAACCAAUCACAGACAAUACAAACAAAACACUCCCACAGUGACAUCACAAUCCCUCCUCUCUAUCCUGGAGAUAAUUGGAAAGUAAUCAAAUUUUCUCCCAGGACAGAGGCAAGACUCCAUUAACCACAUGGUUACAAAAAGACAUAAAAUUACACAAUGUUACAAUUACUAUAUAAAACAUAUACAUGCAACAUAUCCCCAGAUAGCUUAGAUCUGAGUGCACAUUAUUAUUGAAUGGAGCUCAGAUCACAUACAUACAAUUCAAUCGCCAUGGAGCCAAAGUCUUUUCCAUAGUCUUUUGUUACACAAAUAGGCUCCAUGGCAUAGCUAUCUGGGAUGGCACUACUACCAUACUGAUAGUCCAGAACGCCCCAGCAGAAAUACACAAAUAAACCUUUCUGCAGGGGAAAAUACCACUAUCAGCACAUGGGCCAUAGUCGGAAGGCAGGAGUCUAGCCAGUAGUCCCCUCCAGGCACAAGUGGCGAAGGGCACUUCGUCACAGCCAUGCUGUUUUUUUAGAAGACUAGGAAGUGGUUCAGACAUCACCAUGUCCCCCAACAGUGCCGUUUUUGAGGCAGGACCCAAAAAUUUAAACUGUCCCACUGUCCCAAAUUUGUUCAGGGAACUGUCCUCAAAAAGUGUAGUGCAAGCACCUCAUUAGAUAUGUUCAUGAUACAUCUAGACCUCUAGGGUCCUGCAGAGAUUGCAUCACUGUCCCACAGCAUUUACCACCCCCAGUCUCAAUGCAGUGAGUGGAGUUACAGUCCACAAUAUUAAUAGCAAGUUCUCUAAGUUUGAUUGUAAGCUGCUUUCUGCUAUCUGGAGAUACACGUGUCUCUAACAUUUCACUGCAGUAUUCAGUCUAGAGAACAUGAUUGAUUGCUGAAUUAUAAUGAGAUAUCACAUGCAGGCCAUCGUUAUUUUACACAUCAACUGAUAUCUGCCUAGGCACGUCAGGUUAACCAUCUUCUAACUCUGACAGAGUUAGUCACUAAAGUGAGAAUUGUCAGGAGUUCAAAGAUAAGUCAAAUCAAAUUUUUAAUUCAAGGACAGAGUAGGAAUACUGACUUGGAGACAUUUUUCUAGCUCAGCUAUUUUGGCUUUAAAAUUGAAAUUCACUUUGAUUUCAUGGCAAUUGUCACUUUAGUGAAUAAUUCUGCACGUAACUUUUCAGGUGAUUUGGCUUGCCAUUUGUUUUUUGUCAUUUACUGUAUACUACUUACUAAUACACUGAACCUGACCUCGACUUGACAUGUGAGACUAUAUCAUGUAUUUACUGGAGCCCAGGUGCAAAGGAUGAACAAAGAGAGAGCAGAGCACCUUGUAUAUUUUUCUGGUUUUCAGUAUUUUUAAUAUUCGGUUAUUGUGUUACCACAUAUUAAAGGAAACAUUUAGGCACCAUAAACACAUUAAAAUGUGUGGCACAUUCCCACUGUUCAGUGUCAAACGUUUUUAACAGUUUAACACUGAAUGCAGGUCUCUGGCUGAUUGGGGUAAUUCUUACAUAUUAGUCUGAGCUUCAGGCCAUUGAGAGCUUCAGGUCAUUGUUCUCAGCCUAUAACUGUCACCUCAUGCUUGCUUGAUUUGUUUGGCUAAUAUGUAGUUAAAGUCUUCUUAAUCCAUACUUCCAGCUGGGGGCACAGCUGAGGGCAGACAGGGAGCCUCAUGCUAAGUUAAAUAAUCUAUAAAAAUGUUUUCAGACUGUAAUGUGCACUGCUACAGGGGACUCCAGGCACCAUAACCACUUCAAUUACAUCCGUUGGUUAUUGUGCUUAGAGUACCCCUUUGACUUUUGCUAUUACUGACUGAUUUUUAGCUUAAUUCUUGAUUAUCCAUAAUUCUGAUAUCCUGACCUCAACAGUUAAUAUUUAUUACACUGUGAGUACUCAUAUGUCCUUUCUUUUCACCUCUGUGGUUUAUUUAUGUGUUGCUACCCUUGUCAUCAUGUUCUAUCUCAGUAGCUUUAGACCUUUUCUCAGUGAGUAAGGGUUGUAGUGUUCCUGAUAUCCAUAAAAUGGCAUUUUGAAAAUCAGCAAAUCUUAACUUACUCCCCAAUUGCUAAUUAAUUACUAGAGAAUACAUCAGGACUGUGUAUACUUAAGCUGUUGUGUUGUUUAGUAGAUAUCCCUAAAAAAACACAUGCAUGCAUUUAAUUAUUUUCACAGACUUCCCAACUCAGCUCAAUGAGAGGUAUUUGCAAGGCAGGUGUUCUGGGCAAUCACGGCCUCUUGAGUUUAGUUCAACAGUUGUCUGAUUGACAGUCAAGGGGGUUUAACCAGAUUAAUCUAUAAAAGUGCCAAUUUCUAUUGAAAUCUGCACUUUUGUGAAAUGACAAAAAGUUGACAAACUUUUCACACAUAGAGCACUUCAGCAAACUAAAGUGUUUUAGGUUUAUGGUGUGUUACUUUAAGUGUUAAAAAGAAAUCAUAUAGCUAUAGGGAAAUUGGUGAACUUAAUUAUAUAGAUAUGGCUACCCAAUUUAGGAGUACUCUAAAAAAUUGGAAGGGAUUGGAAUUAUCCUGGCUGGGAAGAAUCGAAGCGGUAAACUCCUAUUUACUCCCCAAAUUGACAUUUUUAUUUUGUAACCUCCCGUUGAGGGUCUCAUUCCAGACGAUACGCGGUUUUCAAAAACAGGUUUCGGAUUAUAUAUGGCAAGACAGGAGACCUAGAGUAUCACUGGAAAUUCUUCAGAGAGAUUGGAAGGAAGGGGGAAUCUCUUUCCCAGAUAUACAGAAACUAUAUAUGAACAAUAUGGUAGCACAUCUAAUUAAAUGUGACAAUUUUGCAAUUUCAAGACCAGUCUGGUUAGAUAUUGAAAAAUCGGAUUUUUGUAAUAUUGAACCUUUAUUUCUCUGGUGGUGCGACAGUGAAUUUGUAAAAAAUAUAAGGCCUAGUAACCCGAUGAAUAACACAAUGAUCUAUAUUGUAAAAUACUUAAAGAAAAAAUAUGGAACUAAACAUAUAUCAAGAAACGCCCCAUUAAUAUGUCUAAAACUUUAUACAAAAAAUAUAAAUAUUCAAGAAUGGGAAAAGUGUGGAAUUGUAAAAAUUGCGGAGCUUCUAAAUGAUAAUAAAAUAUUGUUAAUAGUAACGUUACAGUUCAAUUAUAACCUCCCUUCGAAGGAAAUAUUUAAUUACUUAAGAAUAAAAUCUUUUAUUAUGGGAAACGUUUUUUCGGAAACACCUCCAUUUGACCAGUUUGUAGCAUUUCAUUAUAAAAAAAAAAUCGCAUCCAGAUUUAAUCAAUUUACAAGAAGCCAAAGGCAAACAGUUAAAGCCUUGGCAAUGAAUAAAUGGGAGCAGGAACUCCACUCUUCAUCCUCGGUUGAAGAUUGGAUUUCGGGCCUACAAUCAGUAAAAAGAUAUAUACAUGGGAUGAAUAUACAGGAAGUGUACUUUAAACUGGUAUAUCGUUGGUACUUGGUGCCCACUCGCCUCCAUAGAUUUCAACCCACACUUCUACCAGAUUGUUGGAGAUGUGGUAGGGAGUUAGGUUCAUUCUCCCACAUCUGGUGGGACUGUGAGGAGUUGAAAUCUAUGAAAAUAACUUUAUCGGACUUGGUGGAUUCCAUUUUGAAGGUCCAAACUGUUAUUACGGCUCAAAUGUUCCUGUUCCAUUUAGAUUUGCCAAAAAUUAAUAUAAAACAAAAAAUUCUUAUGAUUCAUUCCUUUAUGGCAAUAAAAAUAGUUAUGGCCAGAAAUUGGAGAAAUAUGGUUUCGUUAAACUGGCAUGAUAUAUGUAUACAAAUAGAUUAUCAAUGUAGGAUGGAAGCUGGGUUAGCCUCAAAUAAGUUAUCCAGAGAGAAAUAUGAUGAAACUUGGGCCCCCUGGGUUAGAUAUCUUAGCUGUAAAAACUCAACUCCCCUCCCACAGAUAGCCAUUCUUAGGUAGCACCAAUGUGAAAUUGUAAGAUUGUAAGAAAGAGGAAUUGUAUGUUAUUUUCUCUUUUUUUGGUUUGAAUGUAGUCAAUCUAGACAAUGUUUAAGUGUAUGAAAUAUGGUUAUACUAAAGUUAUGUAUAAUUACAUAAUUUAUUGUAAAGGAAUAUAUUGUACCAUAUUGUAAAAUGUAUUUAUGAAAAUGCGUUUGGACGAAAUUUUUAAAAUGAAAAAUAAAAAUUUAUAUAAAGAAAAAAAAAAAAGAAAUCAUAUAGCUGAAGGUGCGUAAAGCAGGUGCACUGCUGUGCCUGUAUUUGUACAUAUCUGUGUGGGUCUCUGUCUGCCAGUCUGUAUCUGUGUUUGUAACUGUGUGUGUGGCAAGAGUUGUGUUAAGGGCUGGAGUUUGGGGAGGGGCUAAGGGAAACCCCUUAGCCCCUCCCCAAACUCCAGCCCUUAACACAACUCUUGCCACAGUGGUCACCAAAUUAUAUUUUGGCUUAACCCCUGGGUGUUUUCUGACCAUAGCAAUGCCCUUGGGGUACAGGAAUACUGAAGGAAGGAGGAUAGUUUGUUUAGCUAGUGAGUAAGAAUGUUUUUUUUUCCCUCUCAAAUUGUAUUGCCCUCAAUGAACUGUUAUGUAGCAGACCUCUCCCUCCAUUCAAUCUUUCGCUCACAGAGUGGAUUAAUAUUAAGAUUGAUUGUUUAUGUAAGUAAAUAUACUGAUUCAUUUAAACCCCUGCAAUGCAAACAGUCUGAGCAUAUACAUAUAUAUAUAUAUGAAGAGUUAGGUUGGUAUUACACACGUUUAGCUUAACAGCCUGCUGUGGUUAAUGUUUGCAACAUUCUGGAGGGUCUCCUAUUCUAUUUGGUGUGGAGCAUACAGAUAGCAGACAGCAAAACAACAGGAUGAAUUUAGAAGGAAAAACAAAAAAGUUUAAACAUGUUUUAUUGAUCAACAAAGCUUGGGCGUAAAACCUGUAAUUUAUAUAAAACAACAAAACCCAUAAAAAAUACUUUAAAGUGAAAAUGCUUCCCCUUAAUUGUGUUUGACUGUCAGGGCAUCAUCACCUACAGAUGGCCCUCCUCAAUAAAAAAAAAAAAAUCCACCUCUUCCUCUGUCCAAUCUAAAUUAACGAUAUGCUUCAAUAUUGUUUCAUGUAAAAUACAUGAAUCACAUAGAAUUUCUAUAAUUUUAGAUUUUACAGUAGACUGUAGCAUUAACACUACUGCAGUAUCAUUAUUGAUUUAGCUAACUUCUGUAUAAACCUACUUCUAAGUUACCAACUGUUCUCGUUAUUGCACAGCACAUGCGUUUAUGAGACUCCUUAUUGGAAUGUUGUGCUUCUGUCCUGAGGAUAACAACACGUGUUAGAAGCAAUGGCCAUGAGGCAUUUCAUAUAUCUCGUAUAAAAACAUUAAAUACAUAUUUGUUUCAAAGCUCCAGGCGCUUUAACUGAACCUCCUAAUAAAGCACAGUUUCUAUAUUUGUUACUUAUUUUGAAACAUCAGGCAGUCAGCAGGGUAAAUAUGAAAUACUUUGCAUCUGUUAUUUUCAUAUAGUGAGAAGGUGAAAAAAAUUCUAUUAUGUGACAGGUGGCGUUAUUGACAGUGACUGCUCUGGUCUCAAUGCAGUUUCCAGCUCAGGGAUAGACAACUUUCAUCACUCCAGAUGUUAGGGACUGCAUCUCCCCUGAUGCUUUGUCAGCAUUGUGACUGUGAUACAGGCUUUCCCAAAACUCCGGCCCUCCAGAUGUUGCUGAACUACAACUCCCAUGAUUCUCAGCCAGGGGCGUCUCUAAGAUUCAUUUUUAGGGGGGGCACAUGGUGGGCCAGGGACAAAAGUAGGGGGGCACAUUUAACCCCGCCCUUGCCGCGGUUAGACCCCGCCCCUGCAGCAUGUUAAGCCCCGCCCCCGACACAAUGUGCUGGGUUUUUUUUAAUAAUCCCUGGUGGAGGAGUCAUUAUUUACCACCAGGGAUUAAUAAAAAAAACAAACACAUUUCCCUUGAUACAGUGCCAUAGUUGCCAACAUUUGAAAAAAAAUUCCAAAGACAUUUUGCAGCACAGCUAUCAAUUACUGUCUGUGUAUAAUAUCCCUGGACAGUCAGUGCUCUCUGUAUAAUACAGGGUUGUGUGUAUAAUAAAUUGGGACAGUCACCGAAAAGGCUUUUGACAGGUUGCACUGGAAUUUCCUCCGAGCAGUCCUGCAAAAAUUUGACUUCCCACCCGCAUUUCAAGGCCUAAUCUCAGCACUUUACUCUACACCUGCCGCCCAAAUAAUGAAGAGAGACUUUGUGUCCCAACCCUUUGAAUUCACAAACGGCACCGUCAAGGAUGCACACUAUCCCCAAUACUCUAUAUCCUCGCCCUUGAACCACUAGCACAAUCCAUUAGGGACAACGUAAUGAUUAAAGGGGUACGUAUAGCAGACAAAGAAUACAAAAUUACCAUGUUUGCUGAUGAUGUCAUGCUCUCGUUUACUGACCCGAUAGUUUAUUUCCCGGCUCUCCAUACCACUCUGAAACAAUAUAGUGAUUGCUCGUAUUAUAAAUUGAACACCCCCCCUUGACUAGUGUCUCUGACUGCCUCUCUGCUGUUUCUAACUGGAAGGCUGCCCACUUCCUUAAACUAAACUUGACCAAAACAGAAAUUGUGGUCUUUCCUCCCUCAAGUGUUGUUACUCCCGUGUCUGUCUCCCUCCAAGUCAACAGUGCUACCAUCAGCUGUGUGAGUGUGUGUCUGUAAGUGUGUGAGUGUGUGAGUGUGUCUGUAAGUGUGUGAGUGUGUCUGUGAGUGUAUGGGUGUGUGUGUCUGUGAGUGUAUGUGUGUCUGUGAGUGUAUGUGUGUGUGUCUGAGUAUGUGUGUGCACGCGUAUAUAUGUGUGUGUCAGUGUGUGUGCGCACGCGUAUAUAUAUAUAUAUAUAUAUAUAUAUAUAUAUAUAUAUAUAUAUACACGUGUAUAUUUUUUUUGGGGGGGGUGGGAAUCUUGGGAGAGUUCCCACACUUUAUUCCCCAGGACUUCUCAGGGGGUGUCCGGAUCUCCACUGUCGGCUCAAGCAGAGUCGGCGCUAUCUGAGUGCCGGCUCUGCUCUAAGCCUCCAUGGGCUAGUGGGGAGAUCAAAGAUCUACCUCACCAGCCCACAGCAGCAUGGAGGGAGGCAGGAGAGGACCCAGGGAGCUCUAGACAGCAGCUCCGCCAGGUUCCUCUCACGUGAUCUCAGCAUUGCCAUGGCAAUGCUCAGAUCUUGCAAGAGUUAACUAUAGCCCCACAGGCUAGAGUUCACUCUCCACUGGACCACCAGGGAUGGCACAUGGCAGCAAGGAUCCCCCCUCCCUACCAGUGGCGUCUCUAGGAUUCAUUUUUAGGGGGGGCACAUGGAGGGCCAGGGACAAAUGUAGGGGGGCACAUUAAACCUCACCCUCACCGCAGUUUGACCCCGCCCCCUGUCGCAUGUUAAGCCCUGCCCCCGACACAAUGUGUUUUGUUUUUUUAAUAAUCCCUGGUGGAGGAUUUAUUAUUUUACACCAGAGAUUAUUAAAAAAAACAAACACAUUACCCUUGAUACAGUGCCAUAGUUGCCAACAUUUGAAAAAAAAAUUCCAAUGACAUUUUGCAGCACAUCUAUCAAUUACUGUCUGGGUAUAAUAUCCCUGGACAGUCAGUGCUAUCUGUAUAAUAAAGGGUUGUGUGUAUUGGGACACUCAGUGAUCCCUGUAUAGUGCUGCUCUCUGUAUAAUACAGGUCUGUUUGUGUAUAAUAUCCCAAGACAGAGAGCAGCACUAUACAGGGAGCACUGACUGUCCCGGGAUAUUAUACAGGCACAGGCCUGUAUUAUACAGAGAGCAGCACUAUACAGGAAGCACUGACUAUCCCGGGAUAUUAUAUACACACAGAUCUGUAUUAUACUUAUAGCUGAGCAUAUACCCCAUGUCUCAAUCUCUAGACUACUAUUACCUGUCAACAGCAGCUCCCAGACGCGUGUAACAGGGAUAAAGUGUGCGGCAGCUCACACAGAUGAUUCACCGGUAAAGUGCACUCGCUGGCAGAGCCAAACUGGGAAUCCCUGGGAAUCCAAAGCAGCCCUGGAAAAAAAAUGUAUGCCAUUCCUACAAGUCAAUAUAUAUAUAUAUUACAGUAAGCACACAAGCUCACUGACAUACGCAAAUAGGCUUACUGACAGAUAAAACUCUCUGACUCACACACAAGCUUACUACAGACAAACUCACUUUUAUAAACAGAAUUCUCACUAAAGACAAGCUCACUGACACACACAUGCUCACUAAAUAGAAGCUCACGGACACACACAAGCAGUACAAUUUUAACAGAGUUAAGGGCCCCUGGGCAAAGCAAUGCACUGGGGCCCUUCCUACACAACAACUCACAGGACUUUUAAUUAUUGAUAGACUGCUGAGUCCAAACACACACACACACACACACACACACAGACUGCUGAGCCCAUACACACACACAGACUGCUGAGUCCACACACACACACAGACUGCUGAGUCCACACACACACACACAGACUGCUGAGUCCACACACACACAGACUGCUGAGUCCACACACACACAAACUGCUGAGUCCAUACACACACACAGACUGCUGAGUCCAUACACACACACACAGACUCUGCUGAGUCCAUACACACACACAGACUGCUGAGUCCAUACACACGCACACAGACUGCUGAGUCCAUGCACACGCACACAGACUGCUUAGUCCAUGCACACACACACAGACUCUGCUGAGUCCAUACACACACACACAGACUCUGCUGAGUCCAUACACACACACACAGAUUUUGCUGAGUCCAUACACACACAGACUCUUCUGAGUCCAUACACACGCACACAGACUCUGCUGAGUCCAUGCAGUGUGUGUGUAUGGGGGGCAGUGUGUGUGUAUGGGGGGCAGCAUGGGGGGCCGUAUGUGUGUAUGGGGGGGCAGUGUGUGUGUAUGGGGGGCAGUAUAGGUGCAGUGUGUGUGUAUUCAAUAAACUCCCUUUCUCACAUCAAAGGACAGUGACCCCUGCCUUGCGCACAGAAAUUAACCUAUCCAACACAGGCUACAGACAAUUAAGCUUCCUACAUGGAGGUUAGAUGUUAAUCUAAUAUAAUACAAGACACUACUGGUUUAGGAGUAUAAGUAAGGAUGUGGUCAAAAGUGGGCAUUUCUGAGAAAUUUUAGGUGACUUACUAAUUUUAGGUGCCUCCCAACUUUUCAAAUAAAAUAGGACACUACUGAUUUAAGAGUGUAAGUAAGGGUGUGGCCAAGAGUGGGCUUUUCUGGGAAUCUUUAGGUGACUUACUAACAACAAUUUGUGCAACUAAUAUGUAAUUUAGAACAAGAACAAUGCACCUUAUUGACACAAACUAAUUUCUAAACACAUGUAUUUUAGUUUAAAGUCAUAUUAUCAUGACUAUUUUUGCUCUGUAUCUCUGUAAUAUACUCAGACACACCAACAAUAUAGAGCUCCAAGAAAAGAAAAGCAUUAGAGUGAAAGAGGGACAGAGGGAUUUGGACCUAAAUUAGGAACAGACCCUCCUAAUUGGGAUGACUUGUGACGUGUAGAUAAACAUUCAUAUAUGCUUCAACAUGCGGAUUAAAACUCCUAGGCUACUAGGCAGGCAUUAUAAUUUUCUUGCCACUACUACCAGAGUCCAUGGUGUGCUCAGAAGAGUUGAUUUCUAUUUAGCCUAAAAUUCCAUCUUACACUAUGACCUCCCUAACCUUAAAGGAAAACUUCCCACACAUGCAGCACCUCUGUUACCAUGGUGCCCUGUUCGACUGUACAGCUCGCAUAUCCCCAAGACCGGCCCUUCAAACUAAUGAUAAUUAAUAAGUCUCUCACAUUAAAUAUUGAAACGUUGCUGCAAUAUUUGCUCUCUUAUAUGAGGCGUAUGAAAAUGAUCUGGAUACCAGUAAACUGAUACUGAACAUGCAGACUUUUAUUAAAGGAUCACUAUAGGCACCCAGACCACUUCAGCUUUCUGGGUGCCAGGUCCAGCUAGGUUUAACCUUUUUUUCUAUAAACAUAGCAGUUUCAAAGAAACUGCUAUGUUUAUAAUAGGGUUAAUCCAGCCUCUAGUGGCUGUCUCAUUGACAGCUGCUAGAGGCGCUUUGCGUGCUACUCACUGUGAUUUUCACAGUGAGAAGACGCCAGCGUCCAUAGGAAAGCAUUGUGAAUAGUGGUCCUUUAAGCUUGUGUAAACAUACAGCAGGAAUGCCGACCUUCAGCAGCAGACAGGAACUGGCAAUAAUGUUUGCAUGUGGCGCAGUUAUUUUGAUUGACAGGUGUUAGUGACCAAUGAUAAUGAAGCAUGUAUUUCUGACAGGUGAUUGGUUUACAACAAAUAUAAAAGUACUACAUACCCGUCACAUAUUUGUUUUUAAACAAUAUGAAAAGUACAACAUUUUCACGUUUGAUGACAUAAUAGACCAAUGUAAGAUGACAUUGCUGAGUGAACAAUAUGAAAAGUACACCAUUAUCACAUAUUUGGUGAAAACAGAUUAAGGUUAUUAAACAUCACAUGUAUAAACUAGUACCGUAAGAACCUAUCAAACUGAGGAUACUAGCAUUCACUUUGCAAAAUUUUAGGACUACAAUAAACACGGUUAAAUUGCGUGAAUACAAAUUUAUAUAUGUAUAUUUGAGAACAGAGAAAAUGGGGUAGAGAAUCCACUCACAAAAAGUGGAACAUCCAACCCAUUCAGUAAUACCUCAUAAUAUAGAGUCACAUAGAUAGGGUAAAAAACCUUUAUUAGAAAAAUGCUAAAAAAUAGUAAUAAUAAUUGUUUUACAAUUAUUAUUACUAUUUUUUAGCAUUGUGAGUGGAUUCUCUACCCCAUUUUCUCUGUUCUCAUUAUUGUAAUUUUCUGGGGUUAAGCCCCUUAUAACUCCUGUAACCUUCUCUGGGGCAGUGGUGGUGGUUUAUUCCACUCCACAACCCCUUCUCUCUUUUUUUCAUAUGUAGAAAGGCCAUUAGGCCUGAAUUUGUGGGAGGAGUAAGUCCCCUACUUAAGCUCCCAGCCCCUACUCACCGCUGCCGCUCAGCUGAUUGUCCUUAGCAACCAGCACUUCCGGUCCAGCUUCCCGCCAGAACUGUACCUGUUUCCAGCAGCCAGACGCCCUGUGCAAUCCUCCGUCCGUCCGAGGCCCUUCCACUCCGUUUCCCUCCGGUCGAGGUACCCGACUUCCGGUCACGAGACCGGCGCGUUCACGUAAGCAAGGCGUGGGAAUUAGCGUUCGCUUUUUCCCCGCCGUUCGGGCCUAAAAACGUAGGGGUAGGCUCCCUCUUUCGCAUUUUCACGAAUACACGCUUUCGUUUAUAUCUCCAUUCGCGCCAAAAAACGCACGAACGUUCGGCUCAUUUCGCUAUCGUUUUACGCUUUUUCGUACGGAAACAACCGAAUAAAUAUUUCAUGUUUAAGCUCAUUAUUAUCUGUAUUCACUUUUCCGUUCGGUUAUUUCAGCAUCAACCUAUUCGUAUGGUUAAUUCACGUACACCAUCUUACUAUUUACAUUCGGUUAUUUCUAUUCUUUUAAGAUAAGCUGGCAUAAGUUCUAAUCACAGUCCUACUAUUAUUUAUUCCUUCAUAUGAGUUUGCGGUUACAUUAUAUGGUUAACUACCAGCCCUGUGUUUUUCUACCUUGUUAAACCAUUUAAAGUAUUUUUCUGUUAUAAACAUUAUGUUCACCACGGUUCUUAACUUCAUACGUGUCUAAAUUCAAGCUAUAACACUCUUUACUAAUAACACUCAGAUAAGUCUUUUUAAACACUAUUUACAAGUUAUACCCUUUACACAUAAUCCGUACUAUUCCUUGCACAUAAAUCACGCUGUCACAUCUUUUGGCUUUUACAGAUUGCAUCGGUCUCAUGCUUUUCUGCAUUAAAGUUGUUAUUUCAAGGUCCUUUUAUUACAGGAACAGGUAUGGUUUUUUAUCACCUUGAGUUAUCAGGUUUUAUCAAUUAUCUUCUCAUCUAUUGCUAACUAUGGUAUUUUCUUGGUUAAACCCUUAGAUCCUUGUAUUAAUCUAAGCUUCCACCGUUUCUACGCAGUUAACCUGCCACGAUUAAACAAGCUCUGUACUUUAAACAAAGGUAUAGUUCACUCUCUUUUCAAUACUAGACCUCACGUGGUCUCAACUCCAUUACUACCUUCCCUCAGGCUUACGCCCAGGAUACGUUAUCUCUUUACUACUUGUCUACACAGACUUUCGGUCAUACAGCCACCAGGCUCAAGAAGACACCAAAUCCUGACACGGUACUCAGCCAUACCUUCAGGUACUUACAUCCUUACUCAAGUACGUCCAUUCGCUACCCCAAGGCCUCAUUCUGCCUUCUCACUCAUAUCCAAAAUCAUCUCAUUCCUACACCAAAACCUCCCAGAUCCCUCAAUGCAGGAUCUCACGUCGUGCCCCUAACAAACCUUCUCCCUAUACUAUUCAUACGACAUCACAAUACGUAUAAACACAUCAACAUCUGUCUUAAACCCCCAGGAUUCUUCCUCAAAGACAACAUUUAAGACAAGACUCUCUACACUUACCAGGAGGCUCCAGAUACCAUUUGCGACCAGUCAAGGUUAGUAUCCACACACCAUUCCAGUCCUCUAACUUUACCCUUUAGCAUACUAUCGAACUGGCUAUACGGCACAGGCUAAUGCCUUAGCCCACCCUAUCAGGAAAUCUGAUCCCGCGAGGCCUACCACCCCCACCCCACCUCAACACGGAGGUACGGCCCCACGCCCAAAUCAUAGUUAUAAGCCUCGCAUGCCUUACUAUAGGGCUCUAGUUAGGGCCUCACCUGUCACGGCCACACGUUUUGAUUUCUCUUAUCGUCACCGAGAGGCCAACAUCCCGCCACCACGUCUGUGGCACCUACGUCAUAAGCCAAAUCAUAGGUAGAGCCUCUCAUCGCCACUUGGCAUUAGCAGGGCCUCACCUAUCCAGUCAUUCAAUAGUUAAGUUUUUCGCCUCGGCAUCUAGCAUUAAAGUCCAGUUCUUCAAGACACACCACUCCCCAUACCCCCCCCUUCUUACCUCACUCCCCUUCUAAUAUAUCUUUCACAUAAUCAUUCCUUUUAGAAUGUCCCAAGAACCAAUUCCAACCGAAGAACUGACAGAAGAAGCACCAUUCACGCCAAUCAGACCCGUGUCUCCAGGCGAAUCACUCACUCUUUCAACCCCCACGUCCUUGAGAGCAUGGACUAUUCCCAAAAUCACAGCCGAGCUUAGGCUCAGGGGAAUCCCCUUUCCGGCCACAGCUAGAAAGGCAGAACUUUACAGGCUGCUUACCCACCAAGUCCCCGAGCCUCGGCCGGGAACUAGCUCUCAAGGACAACCACCAAGUAACAGCACGGCCACCCAGGAUACCCUGGCAGAUAUCUUGGCCAAUCUACAGGCCCUCAAUAGCAGGCUGUCUAAGGUGGAGAGCGCCAUCUCCUCCUCAGGUACUAACACCGUAGUCCCAGUCUCUACCACGGCUGUACCUGCCAUACCUUCAUGUCCCUCUAUACUCCCCCCUCCAGCACCUGGCACAGCCAUCACACCUUUCGAGUCACCAGCACACUCCGUCCCAGAUUCUAUCAGGAAAGAUAUCCUUGACGGGAAGGAUGUGUGUCUGGUGUCUUUACUCAUAGCCUCUCAGGAUGUACUCGAGAACAAGGCAUACAAUUAUGGUGACAUCUCUGUUGUGCUUAAAACGAGGGAUCCCAGGCUUAAUAAAAAUUGUCUAUCCCACAGUUUGUGAUAGCUUUCGGGAUAUACCGCGACGUCAUUUGCACGGUGUAUCCCCAUAGGAGAGAAGAGCUAGAUCUCUAUCUCCACAAGGUAGUGGAUCUAGGCAUCAAGUACGGGGGCUCUUCCUUCUAUGACUACCACAAGUCAGUCUCAGCGAAGGCGGCGACCCAUCUCAAGCAGUUCAACAUUAGAAUGAACUGGGGUCAGAUGGACACUGAACUUUUCUGUCGCCACUUCGCCGGACUCAGGCCCCCGGCUUGUGCCAUCUGUAAUUCCACAUCCCACAUGGCGGACUUAUGUCCCGUCGAACCAGAUCCCACCACCUCCACUCUCACCCCUCACCCCACGUUCACACCUCACUCCUCUUUCACCCCUCACAACAAGCCAGCGGGUGGUCUCCGGGAUAAGCUGGGUAGGCCCAUCUCCUUUUUAGGUAAAGCACAGGUGUGCAAUAAUUUCAACGCAGGCUCCUGCAGUUUCAGCGCCUGUAGAUUAUUGCACAUCUGCUCCAUAUGUUUCAGGGCACAUACCAAGACCAUGUGUCCAGCCAGGUUGUCACCAAACAAAUGACUAACCGACAUAAAUAUCGACAACCUGGUUUUUUAUCUAAGGUGUCACCCCAGCAGGCACUUAGUGGAUUUUCUCACCACAGGUUUUUCACAAGGGUUUCACACAGGCAUAAUAGCCAUUCCCCCAGGUACACUAGAAUGUCCUAAUCUCCAGUCUGCACGUUUAGACCCAGUCGCUGUAGACACUCUCAUUUCCGCAGAAACCACAAACGGUUUCAUGAUCGGUCCUUUCACCUCUUCACCGUUUUCCUCCUGGCGCACUAACCCUAUUGGUAUUGCUAUUCACAAAUAUUCUAAUAAAAAACGUCUCAUUAUCGAUUUAUCGGCACCGCACUCCUCUUUUGUUCCAAGCAUAAACGCACUCAUUCCAGCAGACGAAUUCUCUCUGCAGUACGUCACCAUCGACGACGCUAUACAGUCUAUCAUGACAUCUGGUAAUCGACCCUGGCUCAGCAAAACAGACAUCACUAACGCCUUUAAAUUACUGCCCAUACACCCCUCACUCUGGCACUUACACGGUGUUAAAUGGCGAGGGUAUUAUUACUUCUCAACACGACUCACUUUUGGUUCCCGAAGCAGCCCCAAACUUUUCGACAUUUUCGCUGAGUCACUAUGCUGGCUGCUUCUGAAUGUCAUCAGGUGUCACUCCGUUAUUCACUAUCUAGAUGACUUUCUACUGAUAGAGCCAGGGUCAUCAACACCCACAGCAAUCAAUAGUACUACCGCACUUUUUUCCACACUUGGAGUCCCUUUGUCCCCAGCCAAAACUAUAGGACCCACCACAAAGUUGACCUUUUUAGGCAUAGAGCUCGAUUCUGUCAAACUCAGAGCUAGCCUUCCACACGACAAACUUUCACGAUUGAGAGGGGAGAUAGACACGUUCCUGCGGAAUGACGUUUGCACCAGGAGAGAACUUCAGUCCCUUCUUGGAUCUCUGAACUUCGCCAUGCGCAUCAUUCCGCAGGGAAGGUCUUUUAUUUCCAGACUUCUUUGCCUGCUCCAUGGAGUCCCGGACUCCGGCACAGUUUCUUUGGACCCCCACGCCAAGGCUGACUUGGCUAUGUGGGGGAAGUUUUUGAAAGACUGGAAUGGUAUCUCCAUGUUUAUCCCCCCUCUCUCCACCUCUUCACCCAUCAUCCACACAGACGCAGCAGCCAACACCGGUUUCGCAGCCAUUUUCGGGAACCACUGGUUUAGGGGCCACUGGCCCACUGAGACGGAUGCCUUGCCAGGAUUCAGGGAAACCUCAACCCUAUUUGAAAUUUACCCCAUUGUGGCGGCCGCACACACCUGGGGUCAUCUCUGGUCCGGCAAGGCAGUAAAAUGCUACUCAGAUAACUCGGCAGCUUGCGAUAUUAUUAACAAAGGGCGCUCAUCAUCCCUAACCAUCAUGCGGCUGAUUCGCAAGUUGACCUGGCUGGCAGCAUCCAAUCAGUUUCACUUAGUAUGUUCUCAUAUCCCGGGUAUUCACAACACCGCCGCUGACGCUCUUUCUCGUUCUCGAUUCCAGGCAUUUUCUCAGGCACUCCCAGCAGCUCACCAUCAGCCAUCCAGGACACCACGGUUUCACGAACUAAUAUUGGAUUAAGCACACUCUUGCUUCACGCUAGAUCACUCACUCACCAAGCAUUAUCACCCAACACUGCUAUCACUUACAAUAGGGCACUUAACAUAUUUAAUAAAUUCACUGCAGAAUUCGGGCUACAAGGUGACUUUUCUAUCCAAACCAUGGUGUCUUUUGCCUCUUUCUGCCACCUACACCUUAAUCUGUCACACAACACCAUUAAACUUUACCUCACCGGGGUUCAGCACCACAGCCUCACCAAUUUUCCUAACAGCACCCCCUUUUUGUCUUCAUACCCCAUAAAAAAGGUCUUGAAAGGUAUAUCUAAGGUUUCACCACCACUCGCAAGCACUAGAUUACCCAUAGACGGGCCUAUCUUCAGGUCUCUUAGCAAUCUCCUUGACACAGCCCCAUUUGAUAGCUACACCAAUACGGUGAUAAAAUCUGCCAUAUAUCUCGCUUUCUACGGUUUUCUCAGACCUAGAGAGUUCACAGUGAUUUGUCAAGGAGAUAUCGCACAAUGCCUUAAAACUUCACACCUCACCAAGGUAGAGGAUCACUACCUCCUCUCUAUCCCUACCACUAAAACCAACCGGUCAAUACAUCCUACAAUAAUUCCUCUCUUCCCUACUGAUAAUGCCUGGUGUCCGGUGAAAGUUCUCGACCAACUACGGUCUACUUUUCGCACUCACCUGCCAGACUCUCCGCUCUUAACAUUACAAGGGCACCCGCUUACCACGGCAAAAUUGAUGUCACAUGUCAGAACCCUGUUAUCUAAGCUCGGACACAAUCCGGCUGCAUUCUCCGGGCACUCCUUCCGCAUAGGAGCCGCCUCAGCAGCCUCAAGCACAAACGCACCGGUCCACAUCAUCAAAAGGCUCGGGCGAUGGAAAUCCUCCAUAUAUAACGCAUAUAUUCCGCAACCAGAGAAAGAGCUUCGCCAAGCUUUCAGAAACUUGGUCUUGUAAAAUGCAAUAAAGUGUGUAUUUUCUCGAAUUUAUCUUUUUGCCCUCUUUUAUUUACAGGCCCACUCGUACGUUGGUUUCGGCACACCACAACCAACUUUGCUCACAGUCACUAUCCAUCACGUAUUUAAAUUCCGAGCACAAGUAGAAAGGCCAUUAGGCCUGAAUUUGUGGGAGGAGUAAGUCCCCUACUUAAGCUCCCAGCCCCUACUCACCGCUGCCGCUCAGCUGAUUGUCCCCACCCACCUACACCCUGUUUUAACUACAUUAUCCUUCGUGGGCCCUCUUUUAUUUACAGGCCCACUUGUACGUUGGUUUCGGCACACCACAACCAACUUUGCUCACAGUCACUAUCCAUCACGUAUUUAAAUUCCGAGCACAAAUAUAUAUAUAUUUAUUUAUUUGCUUGAUUAUAUUUAUUUAUAAAAUAUUUUACCAGGAAGGAUACAUUGAGAUUUCUCUUGUUUUCAAGUAUGUCCUGGGUCCACAAAACAUUGCAUUGAUACAAUAGGGUACAAUAAAAUACGAAAACAAUAUUAAUACACAAUAUAUACAAAAUUUAACAUAGAACAGGUAGGAAAUAUUUAACCCCUUAAGGACUGAUCCAAAUGUCCACAUUGUGAUCAAAACAAAACGUAAAUAAAAACUUGAAUUUGCGCUAUAUGUCUGUUCAGGCGUAAUUCGCCUCUUUCAUAUUAUGUGCACCCACACUUAUUAUAUAUUAUUUAUUUAGGGGAAACAGGGCUUUCUUUUAACAUCAAAUAUUUAGGUAUGAAACAUAAUUUAAUAUGAAUAAAAAAAAUGGGGAAAAAAUAAGAAUUUAAAAUUUUUUCUUAGUUCUACGUGACAUUCUAACUGUGAGUGUCAUAAUACUGUUUGUUUUUACUGCAAUAAAAUACACAUAUUUGUAUUAAGCGAUGUCUCACAUUUAAAACAGUACCCCCUAUGUACAUGUUUUAUGGUGUUUUGGGAAGUUGCAGGGUCAAAUAUAGCAUGUUACAUUUUUCUGUUUUUUUACAUUAAAAAAAUUCGCCAUAUUGGUUACGUUGCCUUUGAGACCGUAUGGUAGCCCAGGAAUGAGAAUUACCCCCAUGAUGGCAUACCAUUUGCAAAAGUAGACAACCCAAGGAAUUGCAAAUGGGGUAUGUCCAGUCUUUUUUAGUAGCCACUUGGUCACAAACACUGGCCAAACCUAGUGUUAAUAUUUGUUUGUGUGUGAAAAAAGCAAAAAACAAAUUUGAACGCCAAUUUUGGCCAGUGUUUGUGACUAAGUGGCUACUAAAAAAGACUGGACAUCCCUCAUUUGCAAUACCUUGGGUUGUCUACUUUUGCAAAUGGUAUGCCAUCAUGGGGGUAAUUUUCAUUCCUGGGCUACCAUACUGUCUCAAAGGCAACAUAACCAACCUGGCGAAUUUCAAUGUGAAAAAACUGAAACGCAAGCCUUAUAUUUAAAUCUGUAACUUUUGAAAACACCAUGAAACCUGUACAUGAGGGGUACUGUUAUACUUGGGAGACUUCACUGAACACAAAUAUCAGUGUUUCAAAACAGUAAAACAUAUCACAACAAUUAUAUCGUCUGUGUAAGUGCCAUUUGUGUGUGAAAAAUGCAAAAAAUUUCACUUUUACUGACAAUAUCGUCGUUGUAAUACAUUUUACUGUUUUGAAACACUAAUAUUUGUGUUUUAUGGUGUCUUGGAAAGUUACAGGGUUAAAUAUAGUGCUAGCAAAUUAAAUUCUCUGGACUUUUUGCCUGGGUUGUCAGGCAGGUCCCGCUAAUUGUAAUUAAUAAAAUGACCUAAUUAUGAAAUUUUAUCACAUAAAUAUAUACGUAGAAUUAUUAUAUAUAUUGGAAGGCAUGGCCUGAAGUUGUGGGAGUGGCUAUAGACCUAUAAAAGGGACUCCUCACCCCCACCCCCCUUCCCUACUUACCUUUGUUGGUCAGACAAAUAGACUGUUCAAGGUCAGCAUUUGCAUGAGAUCCACUUCCAGGUCAUACAAGACGCCAUUUUGGUUUCACUUUUGCUCCAUGACGUCUCCUACUCCAAGCUGUGUCCAGGAAUCCUGCAGCAGGGCUUCCCGUUAAUCAAGUGGCUUUCUCUCCGGUCAGCAUCGCAUUUGGUGUCUCAGGAACUCUCAAACCGUAAGUUGACCCACCUAUCGCGCCAGGAUUAGUUCCCACGGCGUUCAGCACAGCACGGGUCCUCACUUUACGGUUUACUUUUGUUUUGCACGGUUAUUUCGUUACCUUAUACUCACCUAGCUGUUCAUGUAAAAUCUGUUGUUUAAAAUCUGUUUUGGUUAAAAUCUGUUGGGUUACAACUACAAACUAAAUACAAUUUUUCGCCUACACACUGACCCCUACCAGUCUUUUGGUGUACUACAGGCUUCUCAGACAUUAUUGCAUUUCAUGUACAAAUCAACGAACCACUGCAUUUGCGCCUACACACUGACCCCUACCGGUCAUUCGGUCUACUACAGGCUUCUCAGACAUUAUUGCAUUUCAUGUACAAACCAACGAACCACUGCAUUUUACACCUACACACUGACCCCUAUCAGUCAUUUGGCGUACUACAGGCUUCUUAGACGUUCUUGCAUUUCAUGUACAAACCAACAAACCACUGCAUUUUCACCUACACACUGACCUCUACUGGUCAUUCAGUGUACUACAGGCUUCUCAGAUAUUAUUGCAUUUCAUGCACAAACCAACGAACCACUGCAUUUUCACCUAGACACUGCCCCCUACCGGUCAUUCAGUGUACUACAGGCAUCUCAGACAUUAUUGCAUUUCAUGUACAAACCAACAAACCACUGAAUUUGCGCCUACACACUGACCCCUACCGGUCAUUCGGUGUACUAGAAACAUUUAAAUAUAUAAAGGGAAUCAACACAGUAAAGGAGACUAUAUUUAAAAGAAGAAAAACUACCACAACAAGAGGACAUAGUCUUAAAUUAGAGGGACAAAGGUUUAAAAAUAAUAUCAGGAAGUAUUACUUUACUGAGAGGGUAGUGGAUGCAUGGAAUAGCCUUCCAGCUGAAGUGGUAGAGGUUAACACAGUAAAGGAGUUUAAGCAUGCGUGGGAUAGGCAUAAGGCUAUCCUAACUAUAACAUAAGGCUAGGGACUAAUGAAAGUAUUUAGAAAAUUGGGCAGACUAGAUGGGCCGAAUGGUUCUUAUCUGCCGUCACAUUCUAUGUUUCUACUACAGGCAUCUCAGACAUUAUUGCAUUUCAUGUACAAACCAACGAACCACUGCAUUUGCGCCUGUACACUGAUCCCUGCCGGUCAUUUGGUGUACUACAGGCAUCUCAGACAUUAUUGCAUUUCAAGUACAAACCAACGAACCACUUCAUUUGCGCCUACACACUGACCCCUAACGGUCAUUCGGUGUACUACAGGCUUCUCAGACAUUAUUGCAUUUCAUGUACAAAUCCACUAACCACUGCAUUUUCGCCUACACACUAACCCCUACCGGUCUUUUGGUGUACUACAGGCUUCUUAGACAUUAUCGCAUUUCAUGUACAAACCAAUGAACCACUGCAUUUUCGCCUACACACUGACCCAUACCGGUCUUUUGGUGUACUACAGGCUUCUUAGACAGGAUUCCAGAGUCUAAUACGGAAUAUUUGCAUGUUUGCACGCUUAAAAUAUAAGUCCUUAAAUUACGUAUUUUCACAUAUUAAGUUAUUCAGCUGCCAGUCAUGGUUCACUACACUCAUGUUUUGGGGUACAGUAGUAUUCCAUAUCACACAUGAUAUAACACUCCCGACAAGUUAAUUUCUUUCAAACAGGAGCAUUACAAGCAUACAAUAAACAUUGGGACGGAGCACUUUGCUCUAUUAAACUUGCAUAACACACAUAUGGGUAUGCGCUUUUAAAUGUCUAUAUUCAAUUUUCAUACAUUAUUUUACCCAUCCGGGAUACAGGUAUUAAUAACCCUUACGACCAGUAAGGGUAUCUAAUCAUACUACCAGGUACAUACACCUGCUCAUGUGGUAUAUACAUACAUUUUCUGUUUCCCCCUGGGUAUAUCCUUAGCGUACUGACAAUUAGGGACUAUAGGUUUCCAAUAGGUAUUCUCCUUUCUUGGCAUCUAUGCCUGUCGUAUAGUGGUCAUGCGAGGGCAACACCCCGCCUCAACGCUCGGAGGCAAACACGCAUCGGGCCACUCGUGAGCUAGCCGCCUCGCAUGGUAUAUAGAGAGGGCCUUACCUGUCACUCCCUUCCCCUUUUUUCUGGUUACAGUCACCGAGAGGCCAACAUCCUGCCACUAUGUUUUGUGGCCACAAAAAUCCCCUUGCGCCAUUGCAUAGAUAGAGCCUCUCAAGCCACUUGGCAACUAGCAGUGCCUCACCUGUCACCAAACAAAGGAUUAAUUGUUUCGCCAUGCGGCUUUAGCUAGCAAGCCAGUACUAGCACACUGUGGGUUUAUAAAAUAAUGGCUAUCUUCAUGUUUUUUAAUAUGUAUCAAGCAGGUGGUAAGGAUUACUCUCUACCUAACACUCCAGCUAGAGUCAACACACUUUCACUUGGAGAAGAUGUUGCUAGUCCCACACGACAAUUUUGUCCUAACACAGCGGACAAUCACAUUUCAGGCUCCAGGCUCUGGUAGUACGUAGAGAACUACCAGAGACAAAUUGGGUCAUCUCAUUCUCUUUGGCAAAUUCCAGAUUUGCAACAAUUUCCAUGUUGGCACAUGUAGUUUCAGUGCAUGCAGACUGUUGCAGAUAUGUUCUCAAUAUCUAAGGGCACAUGCAAAAACCAUGUGUCCCAAUAAAUGUACCCUUAACCUUACUUCACGUCUGUAAACAUUAUGCAUUUCCAGUACUUUCUAACUCAUCACCCUUCCAGACAUUUAGUUGAUUUCCUAAUCUCUGAAUUUUAAAGGCCUUCCGUACAGGUAUUGCCAUAUACUUUUGGGGGAAUCUAGAAUACCCUAACUUGCUGGCAUUACACUCAUGGCCCAAGAAAUGGCAGAAAGAUUUCUACCUGGGCCUCUCCGAUCUACACCAUUUACAGCGUGGCGCAAUCCCAUUGGGAUUGUCACAGGGAAUCUUUCCUCACACUGUAACUGAUCAUAGACUUAUCUGCACCUCACGCCUCGGCUACCACAAGUCUCAACUCCCUCAUACCCCCCGAGGAGUUUUCAUUACAAUAUGCCACCACUGUUCAUACCAUUACAGCUAUCACUCAAGCAGGGGGGGAAGCCUGGGUAAGUAAAACUUAUAUCACAAACGCAUUUCAGACUGCCACCAUCCACCCUACACUGGCACUUACAGGGCAUUUAUGGGCAGCAGUUAUAUAUUUCUUCUCCCGCUUAACUUUUGGGUCAAGAGCAGCCCACAAUCUUCAAUAUAAUCGUUGAACUCUUUGCUGGUUGUGGUUAAACAUAUCCAGAUGCCCCACAGUCAUACACUCCCGAGAUGAUUUCUUGUUGGUCAAAGGGAACGCCUUUCCCUCUAGAAGCUUCAAGGAAGCCAUUAGUAUGUCUGAAAACGUGGGCGUCCCAGUAUUCCCUAAGGUCACAGAAGACCCAGACACUAUCGUUACAUUCCUGAGCAUACAACUUGACUCGGCAUCCAUGCCAACAAGUUACUACGUGAGAAAUAGGAACAGUCACAACAACACCAAUUACCACCUCCUGCUUGGUACUUGCAACCGCAUGGAACUACAAUCCCUACCAGGUUCCUUAAAUUUUGCCAUGCGCAUCAUACUGCAGGCCGCACUUUCAUCUAAGACCACUUCGGUUUUUCCACACUCCCGCAUGAUGAUCAGGGGCUGUCCCUAGACAACCACGCCACGGCAGACCUACACAUAUGGUGGACUUUCUUAACCACACGUAAUGGUAAGCCAUUGUGGCAGCUGCUGUGACAGCCGCCAUGGCAGGGGGGUUAUUUAUGGUCAUGGAUUACAUGAACCUCGCCAACAUAGCCAGGCUCUGACUAAACUGGCCUUGUCCACCAACACUCAACACGCUUGCUACAGGGUUUUCCACUUAUACAAUACGUUUCAUGUCGGACCAUCACUUAGCUGGUUUGAGGUUUCACCACUUAUGGCCUUCGCCUCUUUUUGCCACCUUAAGUUAAAAAUUCUCGCACAACAAGGUUAAACUUAUCUCACGGGCAUUCAACACUAUACGUAUUUCUCCUUCCCAAACAACAAGGGUUCCUAUCCUCCCACCCCAUCCAUACCUUACUUAGAGACAUAGCCAAGCGGACCUUCCCGCUAAAACUAAAUACUAAAACCAUGUCAGAACCACUCGACCAUGCACCUUCCGAGCCACGCACCAAUGCAGUUAUCAAAACUGCUACCUAUCUAGCCUUUAAAGGACCACUAUAGUGCCAGGAAACAAUACUCGUUUUCCUGGCACUAUAGUGCCCUGGACCCCCUCCCGCCGGACUGGAUGGAGAGGAAGGGGUUAAACUUACCUCUUUCUCCUGCGCCGGCCGGGGAGCUCUCCUCCUCCUCUCCACCUCCUCUUCUCCUCUUCAGCUGAAUGCGCAUGCGCGGCAAGAACUGCAUGCGCAUUCAGCCAGUCCACAGGAAAGCAUUCAUAAUGCUUUCCUAUGGACGCUGGCGUCUUCUCACUGUGAAAAUCACAGUGAGAAGCACGGAAGCCUUCUAGCAGCUGUCAAUGAGACAGCCACUAGAGGCUGGAUUAACCCAUUUAUAAACAUAGCAGUUUCUCUGAAACUGCUAUGUUUAUUAAAAAAAGGGUUACCCUUAGAAGGACCUGGCACCCAGACCACCUCAUUAAGCUGAAGUGGUCUGGGUGCCUAUAGUGGUCCUUUAACGGCUUUCUCAGGCCAAAAAAAAAAAUAACACUAUCAGCGGCCAACAUCAUAAACAAGAGUGCCUGUUGACCUCUUAUCUUCUAAACCACACAGACCACAAUGUCCGGUCCCUUCCUAAAACUAAGACGAGUCAGAUGGGCGAGCCAGUGCAUAUAACCUACUACCUUACAAGCAAUGCUGGGUGCCCGGUUAAGGUACUGGUUACGUUCUUGGGCACGCCACCAUACGCACCACUGAACCAUUACUGUUGCUGUACGAUACUGUCCUUACCACAGGUAAGUUCAUGCACCACCUACUCAUUCACCGGGCUCAAACUAAACCCUAGCGACUACUCAGGGCACUCCUUUAGGAUAGGAGCAGCCUCCACGGCCUAUAACCAAGACAUCCCGCACACGUUAAGACACGGGGCCGCUGGGAAUCAUAAGCUUAUGCGACUUACAUACCACAGCCAAUUCAGGAAUUAGGAAGCUUUCAUUAAUAUGUCUACCUGAUGGUUAACAAAUGCACUAUGAUCCUGUAUAAUGUUUUGCAUUAAUAUGUCUUUUUGCCCACUUUUUACCGGCCUACAGCAUACGUCGGUUUCGGCACACCUCAACCGAUUAUUCCUAAAGCUACAUCUCUACAAACCAUCUUAUUCUAUAUCAUAUGAGAAUGCCCCGAACACAAAUUGGAAGGCAUGGCGUGAAGUUGUGGGAGGGGCUAUAGACCUAUAAAAGGGACUCCCCCCUUUCCCUACUUACCUUUGUUGGUCAGACGAAUAGCCCCACCCUUCACUCCCAUUGUUCAUAUUUCCUCUAUGUAAGCCCACUUUUUACCGGCCUACAGCAUACGUCGGUUUCGGCACACCUCAACCAAUUAUUCCUAAAGCUACAUCUCUACAAACCAUCUUAUUCUAUAUCAUAUGAGUGCCCCGAACACAAAUAUGUAUGUGUGCGUAUGUAUAUAUGUGUAGUGUUGUUUUUCUGAUCCCAGAUUGGGGCUGAAACGUCGAUCAUUUUAAUGGAUUUAUAAUAAAGUAUUUUGAAUUUUAAGAAGUCCGAGGAGUGCAGCCAUCAUCUUUGUGGUUUAUUUAUAUAUAUAUAUAUAUAUAUAUAUAUAAUUUUUUUACAUUAUUUUUAUUUAUAUAUAGGUGUGUGUGUGUGUAUAUAUAUAUAUAUAUAUAUAUAUAUAAACAAAACCAAGAGGGCUGCACUCACCUAAACAUGCAUACAUUAUAGGGUGCUGCUGGGGCCAAAAUAUACAAAAUACAGAAUCCAGCGCACUCGCUUAUUCACUAAACAAUGCUUUCAAAAUCUUAGAGAUUGUAAUAGUUUUAUUUAAAAAACACCUCACCUAGGCAAAAAAUAAUGGGGGUUUAGUUACAUUAUAUGAUCAUAUAUUGCAUAAGCCUGCCACAACGUCAAUGUACCCCAUUCUUGGCAGGUCCUACUCUAACAGCCUAAUGCUUGCCCUUAUGAGAUUGAUCCACUUACUUGGGAAAUACUUCCUUACUGGGACUCUCUGCAAGUCAAGGCUAAAUAGGAUCCUGGAACGAGGCACCUGUGACAGGGAGGGGUGCAAAACCAAGGAGCUGGCCUAAACUCCCAAAUAUACAAACAAAACCAAGAGGGCUGCACUCACCUAAACAUGCAUACAUUACAGGGUGCUGCUGGGGCCAAAAUAUAUAAAAUACAGAAUCCAGCGCACUCGCUUAUUCACUAAACAAUGCUUUCAAAAUCUUAGAGAUUGUAAUAGUUUUAUUUAAAAACACCUCACCUAGGCAAAAAAUAAUGGGGGUUUAGUUACAGUAUAUGAUCAUACAUUGCAUAAGCCUGCCACAACGUCAAUGUACCCCAUUCUUGGCAGGUCCUACCCCAACAGCCUAAUGCUUGCCCUUAUGAGAUUGAUCCACUUACUUGGAAAAUACUUCCUUACUGGGACUCUCUGCAAGUCAAGGCUAACUUCUGUAUUUUUAUAUUUUGGCCCCAGCAGCACCCUAUAAUGUAAGCAUGUUCAGGUGAGUGCAGCCCUCUUGGUUUUGUUUGUAUAUUUGAGAGUCUAGGCCAGCUCCUUGGUUUUGCACCCCUCCCUGUCACAGGUGCCUCAUUCGAGGACCCUAUUUAGCUUUGACCUGCAGAGAGCCCCAGUAAGGAAGUAUUUCCCAAGUAAGUGGAUCAAUCUCAUAAGGGCAAGCAUUAGGCUGUUAGAGUAGGACCUGCCAAGAAUGGGGUACAUUGACGUUGUGGCAGGCUUAUGCAAUAUAUGAUCAUAUAAUGUAACUAAACCCCCAUUAUUUUUUGCCUAGGUUAGGUGUUUUUAAAUAAAACUAUUACAAUCUCUAAAAUUUUGAAAGCAUUGUUUAGUGAAUAAGCGAGUGCGCUGGAUUCUGUAUAUAUAUAUAUAUAUAUAUAUAUAUAUAGUGAUAUAUACGUAUAUACUUAUUUCGUUCUACAUGUAUUUUCAUAUCAAUAUAUAUUAUUUUAAAAUACAGUUAGAAUGAAUUUACACAUACAUUUUUUUUUAUUUUUUUUUUACGUAUUUACAUAUAUAAAUUUAAGCAAUAUCAUUGUACGUAAUAUAUAUAUAUUUAGACUUGGGGAAGAUUUUAAAGUGUGCAGGAGAUCGUUUUAUAAUAGCGGCGCUCUGUAGGAAAAGGAGGUUCUUUUUGUAAGAGGUAGGUGUAGACAGGGCUUUGUUGUGGUCAGCUGUGUAUGUAUUGUCAUUAUGUGGUACAGAGCAGAUUGCUGUUGUGCAUGGUUCAAUGCUGCCAAGCCUCUAAGCUUCAUCAGUAUUGGUGCUGUAGGAAAUAACUCCUGUUUUGAUAAUAUAUACCUGUCUAUUAGCAGUACACACAUGAUACGAUCUCUCAGUGUUAACUGCUUUAGUAUACAAAAUUAAGUCCUAUGCUCAAACUCCCACUACUCCUGGGUGGCAGAAAGGACCAUAGUAUACAUCAGCCCCAAUACAUACAAUAAAAAAACAAAAAAAGAGUUACUUGCGCACUUUUCCAAAUCCCUAUGCGCAUUUACAUAACUGGAGGUGAUUUAGUAUCACUCCAAUGGCCAUUUAAGUGUAAGAACAUCUGCCACUUCAAGGCAAAUUUGAGUGAGUCCUAAACUUACAAUUCACCUUGCUUCUUUCAGCAUCAGGUGAAAAUCUCUAAUGAGACAGAGAGGAGUAUUUUUCUAAACCCCUACAUACUUAUUAACCCUUAAUAGAGAACACAUGGGGUGGGUGGCAGCAUUGUAACAUGGCUGUGUAGUACAAAAGAAAAUACAAACAUACAAAAUACCUGCACUCAAACUCCCUCUACUGGUGGUCGACAAGCAAUGACAAUAGUACACAUCAGCUCCAAUACAUAGAAUAAAAACCAAAGAAAAGAGGUACUUGCGCUCUAUCCCAACACCCUAUGCACAUUUAAAUAUCUGUAUGUUUUUUAGAAUCACUCCAAUGGCUAUUUAAGUGUAAGCUCACCUGUCAAGGCAAACAUUUUAACUCUUUUCUUUGGUUGUUGGCUGCUUUAACCCCUUAAGGACACAUGACAUGAUUCCCUUUUAUUCCAGAAGUUUGGUCCUUAAGGGGUUAAUGAUGAUAGUGGGUAAUGGCCUAAUUUCUGUAUUCUAACUGUCUGUCCAUUCAUGUCUAUCAAAGUAGCUCUUUGGAUGUUGUUGCUUCUGCAUACGUUUGGCUUUGACAUCCGUGCUGUAGACAUCCUUUGGCAGAAACUGCUGGUUGGUGUUGGGUAAGGUAGACCGUAGGUGGUGACUCAUUAGCAGCUGUAAUUAAGAUUUGAAAUGAACAGCUCUGUUGCAAUAUUCCAGGAGACUGAGAUAUGAGUCUCUUUUGUCAGCCAUGGCCUUUUCCAGUAGUAACUUUGUGGUUUGCGCAGAUAUCUCUGCUAAUCUAUUACUUUGUGGGUAGCAUGGCCUUGUGGUAGUCUCAAAUUUGCUUGAGUUAUAGGUACGAAAGCUCACAAUGGUUUAGAACUCUGACACACUCAGAGAACAUUGUUUUCUUUCUUCAGGCUAACCUCUUUGUAUGGGCAAACCUCAUUAUUUGACACCUUUUUUAAUACCUGAUAUUGUGGGUCCCUUUCAGUUUGAAUUCUGAUUUCCUCCAACUUUAAGUCACUGACAGUAAGACUGUUGCAUACUGUGUGCUCUUGAAUGUCCAUACUCAGACUCUUUUCUUGGUCAGUUAGUGAAUUUCUGGACAGUGUCCCCAACAGGAAUGUUCUAGCUUGGCUGAUAUAUAAUGGUGAAGUUGUACUUCUGGAGCUGCUAGAUCAUUCUCUGUAGCCUUGGGGGACUUGAUGCCAGAGGUUUACGCAUUAUGGACUUAAGGGGUUUAUGGUCCCUUUCAACAAUGACUUGGCACCCAUAAAUGUACUGAUGGAAGCACUUGCAACCGAAUAAUGUGGCAAAAAGUUAUUUCAUGAUGUCAAAAUGAUUUCACAUUCAGUGAGCAACUUUAAUGCAUAAGUGACAGGUCUUCCAUCUUGCAAUAGUACUGCCCUGAGUCUGCAAAUGGAGGCGUCAACCUAUAGAAUAAGCUCUUUGUGAAGAUCAAAGUAGCCCAAUACUGCACCUAGUUUACUUGUGAGAAGUUAUUUUAUUUUUUUUAAAGCCUUGUCAUGUUGGGUGUCCCAAACAAACUCACGUAAUUCCUGCAGGACUGAUAGUGGCAAGGCUGGGUGCAAAUUUCAAAAACGUAAUUAAUCAUGCCUAGCACCGUCUCAAGUUCUCACUUACCUUUAGGUGGCUCCAGGUCACAGCAACAACUUUGGCAGGGCCUGGCUUUAUUCCAUCAGUAGUGAGAAAAUGUCCAAAUAAGUCACUUCUGUAGCACAGAUAAUACUCUUUUCUGGACUGAGCUUGCUUCCACUCUCUAUCGAACGCUGUAGCAUACCUGUUAGAUUUUUAUCAUGCUUUUAUUUUUCGCAUAAAUCAGACUGUCGUCGACUAGUGCUGUGACCCCAUUCAAACCUUUAUAGGUCUCAUUGAUUUUUCUCUGGACCUCAUCUUGGGUGGUAAUCAGCCCUAAAGGGCAACAUCAGAACCGAUAGCACCCAAAGACUGUAUUGAAGGUAGUCAGUUUUGAGGAUUCCGCAGUUAGUUUAAUAGCCCAAUCUAAUAUUUGCCUUUUACUGCUAUGUGUUCAACUCCAUAGCCAAACAGAGGGUGAUAUGUCGUCUGCAGAGUACACUGAGUAUUCAGUUUGGUGUAUUCAUAUAGGGAAAUGACGUUCACUGAGGAUCCGCUGUUCAGCUUGAACUUCAAAUUUGUUUAAUUAUUGGUAAAAGCCUAUUCUUUGUCUGAGCUCUGCCUGUCCAGUGUCACUGAGUCUAUAAACUCAUCACACUCUUCCUGAUCAGUGUUUCCCUUGCUUAUUGCAAUGCAUGGACCUUUUUGUCGUGGCUGAAACGACAGACUUUUGCAAAGUCGUUUAGCUUCCUGCAUAUUUUGCACACCUUUCUAUUAGCAUAACAGAGAAAUCGAUCAGUAUGAGACUUGUUUCCACAAUAGCCGCAUUCUUUGAAACGCCCUCAGCAAAAUUACUAGAUGGUGAAUUUUCACUGUGUUUCUUUGUGCGUUUGAUAUUAUGUUGCCUCAAAACUGCGCUUGUUGAUGAAUGGCAGGAGAUAGCGUGCACAGCAUGCUCACUUGCAGUGCUUUUCUAAAUAGAUUUUAACUGUAUAUUUAACUGACUCUAAGCCAGUUUGUGAGAUCUAGCAACAUCUAUUGCUUGUUCUAGUGUUAACUCAGAGCCCACAUUCAAAAGAUUUUCCCUUAUUCUCAGUGUAUGUAUCCCAAACACAAUAUGGUCACGGAUCAUUUUGUCACUGUUUGCAUAAUAAUUAAGAAGGAGACGAAAGUCUGUCACAAACUGCUCAAAAGGCUUGUGUUCUCCCUGUACUUUCUCAUUGAAUUUAUAAUGUGCAAAUAUCAAAUUUGCUUUGGGUUCAACAUAUGCUGUGAAAUGGUCGUAUUAUGGCUUUCAAAUCUAUGCUGCAGGGGGUGGAGCCUAGCUGAGCACCAGAGCAAUCGCCAUUUCCAAAAGCUCCAAGCAACUCCCUCACACAUCCGUUUUUAUCAGCAGAAGCAUCCCGCACACGAGCAUAGAACCACCAGAACUGACUGCCAGGCAUUCUGCUAAACACUUUCUAGUCCCGGGCAUGAGAACUCGCACCCGAGGCCUUAAAGCCUACCGCGUGAAAAGACAGCCGCCUGGUUGGGACGGAGGGCUACAAGCUGAACAAUACCCCGAUCCUCAUGCCAUGGAUCAGAUGGGACGCAAAUCCCAAAAGGUGAUCUAACCCACACCUAAGGUGCAGCAAGACAUCGGCCAAAUGCUACAACUGUCCUUGCCCACCCAGAAACUGACCCCUCUGGAGGUCUCACCUCCCUAGUGGAAUGAAGCAGACCAGCAACAAGGUACAGCUCAUGGCGCACAAGACACAGCUACCCUACUGCUGACAGAGGAUACAGCUCCAGCCUCUAGGGAAGACAUCCAACAGAUGCUGGCAGACCUGCAACAAAACAUACAACUAAUAAUGGCUGCUGAAUUAGCGGGGGUUAAAAAAUAUAUAUGCAGGCCAUGACUACAUGCAUCCAAGCCACUGAGGUAGAAGCAACAGAUUUGAGACAAGACCUAACAACCUUUAGUGAAACGGUAUAACAAAUGCAAACAACACAAGCGCAUAUAUCACAGCGUGUUGACCUGCUCGAUGAUAAAAGCAGGAGGAAAAAUAUAAAGAUCAGGGAGGUAUAAGAGUCAGUACUAUUGGAAGAACUCCCACACUUUAUCAGACGCCUGGUAUCCUCCAUCUUACCACCGAAACAGGCAGAACACUUCUCUUUUUACGGUGUGUAUAGAAUAACCAAAUCACCGCAAGCACCCCACACUGCACCACGUGACAUCAUACUGAGAUGCCAAAUGCUAGCAGACAAGCUGGGUAUAAUGUCUGCGUUAAAAGGAAAGAAACCAUACGACUUUGAAUCCUGCAAUAUCUCCCUCUUUCAGGACUUAAGUAGGUCUACACUUAUAUGUCACAAGAGCAUGCAACCCAUUACUAAAGUACCCCAAACUGCAGAACUAGCAUACCGAUGGUCCUCUCCCACUAAAAAGAAGGGAAACCAUACAAAGCAACUAACCCCACAGAAGGCCCCGCAUUAUUCACCACCUUAGGACUCUCUAACCAAGACACAGCCGUGAAGAGACCACCUCCCACCUGAGGUGGGAGGUGGUCUCUUCACCGUCCCUACUUUCGUGCGAAGAGGGGAGAGAGACAUAGUGACUAGAUCCAGAACCCAUUCGUCACAUAUCUGAAUCAACAUAUUUUUUAUUAUGUUAUAAAUGUUUCUGUUUUAGUUAACGUUUUCCAGCAUCACUCAGGGUUUUAACAAUGCCACACUCUACCUUGUGUCACUAUGACACCAAAUAGGCCUCCACGGCGGUUCCACUAUGCUCAGGUUCCACCCCCACAUAACCCUGUGGUAACAGGGAAUUUAGCGACCAAGAGCUCCCAGGUGAUAUUACAUCUCUCUAUUGUGCUACACCCUUAAUCUAUAACUACACCCUAGCGACUCUUACCUUGGCUCCCACUUACCCGAAUAUUUAAGCAGUGUACCUUUAAUAAAAUAGCACAUACCAACGGAGACGGUACACUCUAAUCACUGCAGCAUCUACAAAAUUGUCUAGCAUAGUCAUAAGCCAAUUGAAAUGCAUUAUCCGCAAUCACACGAUUCAUGUUUAUAGUCUAUUUAAGAUAGGACUAAUUCGUUUUUUCUUUUUUGUCUUUUAUAAAAAUAAAAGAGUCUGAAAUACUCAGGAGAUUACCUAGAUAGGCAAAUCAUAUGUAUAUGUAUUGGCUGACACUAACUCCAUUUUCUUUCUGCACUAUUCUUAUCCAGGGCCGGCCUUGGGCCUUUAGGCACUCUGUGCGAAAAAUCCUGACAGAGCCCCCACCCAUCUUUAUCCAUGUAUAGUGUGUGUGUGUGUGUGUGUGUGUGUGUGUGUGUAGGGAACAGUCACAUACACACAUGCAGACAGUCACACACACACACACACAUACACAGAGUUACAGUUUCACACACACACAGUUACAGUCAUACACAGUUACAGACACGCACAGUUAGUCAUACACAGUUACAGUCAUAGACACACAGUUACAGACACACACACACACACACAGUCACACACAGUUACAGUCACACACACACAGUCACACACACAGUUACAGACACACACAGACAGUUACAGACACACACACAUACCCAAAUGGAAGGUUACGGUCAGUAAUUGUAAGUGAGAAGUGGAGGCAGUACAGCUCCUGGAGUUGUUGGGGAAGCAGGUACUCCUUCCUGCUUCCCUUUUCGUGUGCAGCACCAACACCGGCUUCUGGGCGCACUUAGCUUCGGCUUUGCUGUCAUUUAUAGCACUGCCUCUGCGUAAGCUCCACUCACCGCUCGGUAAGCCCCGCCCACCCACACAUGUGUGUUUUGGGAUUAUCGCCUACCCGGGUGGUGAAAAAUGAAAUCCUCCACCCGGGUAGCAGGUGCACACAGUUCACAUCCGGCCCUGUGUGAGCUGUGUCGGCGGCUAGGGCGCCCCUGUUGCCAUGGCGCCCGCACAGCUCGCACACCCCUAAGGCCGGCACUGCUCUUAUCACUGCAGAGGGCCGGACUAGCCCACCGGGAUACCGGGAAGUUUCCCGGUGGGCCAUGGCACCUGGGGCCGCCGGGCAGACAUCCCUAAUCAUCAUGCUCCUGUAAUUUAAGUAUUUUCCCCUCGGACUGUGCCAACCUAUGUCAGUCCGAGGGGAGUUAAGAGGGAGGAGCUAGGGGCUGGUGCAGCCGCAAUUAGGCUGCCCUGCGGCCGGAGGGAGACCUAUCAGUCUCCCUUCAAAAUGUACAUCAAUUUUGUGCGCGUGCCCCACCCCCCACAUGUAAGCCUGAAUGGCAGUUCUCACCCCCAUUUACAUUGCUUACCUCGCUGGAAGGAAGUGGCCACAAAAUGGCAACUUCACCUACCAGUGCCAGGUAAGCUUCAGCCAUGACAGUGAUUGUGUGUCUGCUAGUGGGAGAGCUUGUGUGUGCCUGCUAAUGGGUGAGCGUGUGUGUGCCUGCUAGUGAUGAGCUUGUGUGUUUGUGUGUGUGCCUGCUAGUGAGUGAGCUUGUGUUUGUGGGUGUGUGACUGCUAGUGAGUGAGCUUGUGUGUGUGUGUGUGUGUGCCUGCUAGUGAGUGAACUUGUGUGUGUUUGUGCCUGCUGGUGAGUGAGCUUGUAUGUGUAUGUGUGUCUGCUAGUGAGUGAGCGUGUGUGUGUGUGCGCGCGCUAGUGAGUAAGCUUGUGUGUGUGUGCACCUGCUAGUGAGUGAGCUUGUGUGUGUGUUUGCCUGCUAGUGAGUGAGCUUUUCUGUGUAUGUGUCUGCUAGUGAGUGAGCUUGUAUGUGUGUCUGCUAGUGAGUGAGCGUGUGUGUGUGUGUGUGUGUGUGUACCUGCUACUGAGUGAGCUUGUAUGUGUGUGUGUGCCUGCUAGUGGGUGCGCUUGUAUGUGUGUGUCAGUGAUCUUGUCUGUAGUGAGCGUGUGUGUGUGUGUGUGUGUGUGUGUCAGUGAACUUGUCUGUUGGAAGCAUGUGUGUGUCAGUGAGCUUGUUUGUAGUGAGCAUGUGUGUGUCAAUUAGCUUUUCUUUAGUGAGCAUGUUUGUGUCAGUGAGCUUUUCUGUAGGGAGCAUGCAUGUGUCAACAAGCUUAGCUUUUCUGUAGGGUGCAUGUGUGUCAGUGAGCGUUUCUGUAUGGAGCAUGUGUGUGUCAGUGAACUUGUCUGUAAUGAGCAUUUGUAUGUCAGUGAGCUUUUCUGUAGUGAGCUUGUGUGUCAGUGAGCUUGUCUGUAGGAAGCAUGAGUGUAUCAGUGAGCUUUUCUGUAGUGAGCAUGUAUGUGUGUGUGACAGUGAGCUUGUCUGUAGUAAGCGUGUCAGAGUUUGUUUGUACUACGUUUGUGUGUAUACCAAUAAGCUUGUCUGUGUGUGUCAGUGAGAUUGUUUGUCUGUCAUUGAGCUUAUGUAUAUCAGUGAGAUUGUUUGUCUAUGAGGCUGUGUAACAAUGAGCUUGUAUGUGUCAGUGAGAUUGUCUGUGUCUGCAUGUGAGUAUGCUUACUGUAUAAUUAAAUGUUUUACUCUGAAAGGACCAAUAUUUUAUAAUAAAAAAAUUAAUUUUAUAUAUAUAUGUGUGUGUGUUUAUAUAUUACUUGAUCAUCCGGGGUGGCAAGAAAUCAAGAAAUAGCCUUAUAUGUGACUUACAUGUGACAAUACAUGGCGCAAUGACUUAUGGGGCUGGCAUAGAUUUCUUUUUUUCCAGGGCUGCUUUGUAUCCCCAAUCCGGCCCUGCUACUGCCUCAAUAAAAGAGACUUUUUUUGUUUUUUUUUUUUUUUUUUAUAAAUCUUUGCUUCAUCUAUAGAUGAUGUAUUGAAAAUAUCUCGGUUCCACCCACAGGAUAAAAUAAUGAAAAUUUUCACCUUCACCAUUUCUUUUCAGGGGUAUGCUGAACAUUAGCUUUGUCUGAACCUGUGCCAUGCUUCAGAUAAAUUACUUGUUUCCCAGUUUAUUGGGAGUGUUGGAACUCUAGCGGCAUCAAUCUUAAUUCAAGUGAUUCUUUUACUCUGACACCAUGCAAUAGUUGUGUUUUUAUAUGGGGCGUAUACAGAAGCUCUGGAUACCAGUAAACUUUAGUUUAACAUGCAGACUUUUAUAAAGCUUGUGUAAACAUACAGCAGGAAUGCUGUUCUUUAGCAGUAGACAGGAACUAGCAAUAAUGUUCUAAUUUAAGGAGAGCAAAAAACGGGUCGCAAGAGUAUUCUGAGAACGGACAGCAGCUGAAAUAGCCUGCCCUUCGGUGGGUCCCCGCUCAGAACUCAAGCUGGUUUUAGCUCAUCUUGUGCCAUUACAAAGCGAACAUAUCUGAAGCAUAUCAGACUGGUCCCACCCAUACGAGCAGUCCAGAUCCAAAAUGCCAGCAAGUUCUCUCUGCACGAGAGAUACAGCAAACCCAGAUGAUCGUUUCAGCCUUGUUAGAUAUCAUCAGUGAGGCAUAGCUGAUAUCUCUCUAGGCACCGUGAGCAAGGGGUCCACGUCUGGAUUACCCCUUUAAACUUAUGGAGAGCAAAAAACGGGUCGCAAGAGUAUUCUGAGAAUGGACAGCAGCUGAAAUAGCCUGCCCUUCGGUGGGUCCCCGCUUAGAACUCAAGCUGGUUUUAGCUCAUCUUGUGCCAUUACAGAGAGAACAUAUCUGAAGCAUAUCAGACUGGUCCCACCCAUACGGCCAGUCCAGAUCCAAAAUGCCAGCAAGCUGUCUCUGCAUGAGAGAUACAGCAAACCCAGACGAUUGUUUCAGUCUUGUUAGGCGUCAUCAGUGAGGGGGUAUAUCCACUAAAUGGUGAUUUUUAUUUUGCUUGGGUAUGGGCAGUGGGUGUCCAUUUAUAACCAAAGUAUAACUGAUAAGGAGAAUGUUCCCAGAUAGAGUAUUUUUAUCUUAAAUUUCAGAUUCCAAUUCUUACUGGGGGAAAUAAAAAAAAAACUGUACUUGUCCAGUGGAACAUUGUAAAGCUAGUAAACCUAUCAGUAUACUAAAUAAAAUGGUUUAUUCACUCAGGAAUUCCCCUUACAUGUACUUUAUGGUAUGGUAUUGAUAAAACAAACAAACAAACAAAGAAUAAACAGUUUUCUUCAUAGCUCUAGGGGCAUGUCAUUUCUUCACCUCUUUAUUAGCCUGUGUGUUUGUUUCCCAACGUGGGUAAAUACAGCCAGCCCAUUGUUCUGAUGUGAACACACACAAUUCUGGCAAUGUGUACUGGCAGUGCCUGACUACUUCCCACUCACUGCCAUGUGUGACUAAGAGCCUUUAAACCAGCAGUGAGAGGGUUAAUAGGAUGGGUGUGGCUGGGCGUGCUGCUGAUUACUGUCAGCCCAGCCAGCACCUGUGAUCACACACUUCUUCUUCUGAUUGAGCUGUUGGGCUGGAGAGUGGGAUCUUGAGCACCAUUACUAGAGUGAGUAUUGUUACACACUGGGCCCCAAGCCCUCCAUUUGAGUUAUUUUAUGCACAGGGCAUCACAAAGCUUGGGAUUUAGUCCUUUCAGUUGGUGUGGUGGCCAGAAGUCAGAUGCCAGUUUUUAUAAAGAGCAUCUACCUGUACUGUACCAGUCUUAAAGCUGGCAGAGCAUGAUGGGAGUUGUAAUUUCAUGGCAAGACAGGAGGGCUUCACAUUUACCUAACCUUCUUUCUGUAAAACCUCCCAGCAGUGAGAUGCCCACACUAUUACACAAAGCCUGGUACACAGCAACACUUUAAAUGGAGGUUUAUAUCAGAAAUAUGUCAAGUGUGUGUGUUUUCAUAUACUAAACUUAAAGGUUUAUUUUUUUUAUGUAUAACUAGUUGGCUAAAGUUAAAUAACAUGUGGAUAAAGGCAGUAAGCAGUAGGAUUGUUUGUUAUUAAGAAUAUGGCAUCGUGUAUUGUACACCUUUUUUAUUUGGAGCUGUACUGUGACUGAACUCCAAUCUAAUAACUAAGGGAUGGGUAUUUUUUAUGAGCAUCCCCCAUUCAGUAACUGUUAUUAUCCAUGAUCAGUUGGUGAAGAGACUGCUGUGAGUGAAAGGCCUCAAGCAUUGUUCUGGAACAAAUCCCUAACUUUUGCUCUCUUUGUAGUAAAAGGUAACCAUGAAUGUGGGUUGGGGGGGUUGGUUGUUUUUUGAUUUUUUUUUUUUUUUUUCCCUGUAACUCCUGUCCACAACAGUUUAUGGGUUUUGUGUCCCAAUAUCUAGGGGUGGGGGGAUAGUCCCAAAUUAAAUUUUCCUUUUAAUGUUUGACUGCUUGGACAUGCUGCUGCUGGAAACAUAAGGGUAUCAAAAUCAUGAGAUAGAUAUAGAGAUAUAUACACACACACACACACACGUAAUAUUGGAGUGAUAAGUGUAUAAAAUUGAGAUUUAAAGGGACACUAUAGUAACCAGGACAACUACAGCUUAAUGUAGUUGUUCUGGUGAGUAUAAUCAUUCCCUUCAGGUGUUUUGCAGUAAACACUGCCUUUUCAAGACUGACAUUGGCAAGAACUAAUAUUUCAUCCUGUAAGUCUGCAAAACCGCCUAAAAUCUGUACAUGGGGGGUACUGUUGUGCUCGUGAGACAUCGCUGAACACAAAUAUGUUUUUUUUUUUUUUUUUGUUUGGUUUUUUAUGAGCAGUAAAAUGUACAACGCUGAUAUCAGUGAAAGUGCUGUUUUUGUGUGGAGAAAUGGGAGAUGGGGGACUAAAUAUGAACACCAACUUUGUCCAGUGUUUGUAUCUUAAGUGGCUAAUAAUAUAUAAAAAAAACAAAACAAUUAUUGGAUAUAACCCAGGGUAUUCAAAAAUGGAGUAUCUAACUUUGAAAAUGGUAUACCACCAUGGGGGUAUUUCUCAUUCCUCAAACCCUGUCCAAAGUUAGCGUUCAUAUUUUGUUUGCAUUUUUCAAAAAAAUUGCACCUCCUCCCAACUCUGGCUUAAUGAACCAGUUUUGGCGUAUUGAUCGUGCACCUGCAGUCUUGAUGCUCAAUUGCCUGCUAUUUUUUAAUUUAACCCCUUUAAGGACACAUGACGUGUGACAUGUCAUGAUUACCUUUUAUUCCAGAAGUUUGGUCCUUGAGGGGUUAAAGAGUCAUCUGUUUAAAAUUUUAUUUUAUUGAAAAUUCUAUUUAAUUUAGCAUAAUCAGAAACAAGUGAUUUAACUCCUAAAUGGUAGAGAAUUGAGCAGUGAGACUGCAUGGGCAUAAUCUAUACACUAAAACUGCAUCGUUGAGCUAAAGUUGUUUUGGUGACUAUAGUGUCUUUUUAAAUAUAAAACUUGCAAAUUGGAAUUUGUGGACUCUGUCUGGGUUGUCAGGCAAGUCCCUCAUAUUGUAAUGAAUAAAAUCUCUUAAUUAUAUAAAGAUUAAGUGUAAAAAAAAAUAUAUACUUUAGAUUAUUUAUGUGUGUGUGUGUGCACUGUAUAGGUGUAUUUUACUAUUAAUAUAUUAAUAGCAAAUUACACGUAGACUGAUAUAUAUAUAUAUAUAUAUAUAUAUAUAUAUAUAUAUAUAUAUAUAUAUAUAUAUAUAUAUAUAUAUAUAUAUAUAUAUAUAUAUAUAUAUAUAAUUUUCUCUAUCUGUAUAUAAAUAAAAAUAUUUAAAAAAAGUGUGUGUGUGUGUGUGUAUGUAUAUAUAAAAAUUGGGUAUCCUAAUGAAUUACAAUUAGCGGGACCUGCCUGACAACCCAUGCUGAAAGUAAAGGGAAUUUAAUUUGCUAGCACUAUAUUUAACCCUAUAACUUUCCAAGACCCCAUAAAACCUGUACAUGGGGGGUACUGUUCUACUCGGGGGGACUUCGCUGAACACAAAUAUUAGUGUUUCAAAACAGUAAAAUGUAUGAUAUCGCCAGUAAAAAUGGUUCUUUUUUUUUUUUUUUUGCAUUUUUCACGCACAAACAGCACUUACACGGAUGAUAUUAUUGCUGCAAUACUUUUUACUGUUUUGAAACACAAAUAUUUGUGUUCAGCGAAGUCUCCCGAGUACAACAGUACUCCUCAUGUACAGGUUUUAUGGUGUUUUCAAAAGUUACAGCAUCAAAUAAAAGGCUUGCGUUACAUUUUUUUUUUCACAUUAAAAUUUGCCAGAUUGGGUACGUUGCCUUUGAGACCCUAUGAUGGCAUACCAUUUGCAAUAGUAGACAACCCAAAGUAUUGCAAACGGGGUAUGUCCAGUCUUUUUUAGUAGCCACUUAGUCACAAACACUGGCCAAAAUUGGCGUUUUUGCAUUUUUCACACACAAAUACUAACGCUCACUUUGGCCAGUGUUUGUGACCAAGUGGCUACUAAAAAAGACUGGACAUACCCCAUUUGCAAUUCCUUGGGUUGUCUACUUUUGCAAAUGGUAUGCCAUCAUGGGGGUAAUUCUCAUUCCUGGGUUACCAUACGGUCUCAAAGGCAACGUAACCAAUCUGGCGAAUUUCAAUGUAAAAAAACUGAAAAAUGUAACAUGCUCUAUUUGACCCUGCAACUUCCCAAAACACCAUAAAACCUGUACAUAGGGGGUACUGUUUUACAUGUGAGACUUUGCUGAAUACAAAUGUGUAUUUUAUUGCAGUAAAAGCAAACAGUAUUAUGUAUAUUUUUUUUUUUUUUUGGGUGGGUGCAUUUAAUAUGAAAGAGGUGAAUUACGGUUGGACAGACAUGUAGUGAAAAUGCCAGGUUUUGUUUACAAUUUGUUUCGUUCACAACGUGUACAUUUGGCUCCGUCCUUAAGGGGUUAAUUAACUAUGCAUCCAGUUGGGGAAAAAUUAAAAAAAAAAAAACACUUCUCCAAUAUGCCAUCUAACUGGUUAUUGUGUGCACUGUAAUGUAUGUUGCAUAAACUUAACUGAUUACUACUUCAUUGUAUGCAGAUCACUGGACAAAGGAAUAGCAUAUAAAUCAGCACAAUGGACCCAGUGAAUGAUGCAGGUAAGGGCUAGUUUAUUUUUAUCUAUUUUGAUAGCCAAUAGAUCAGUGCACCUGUGCCCCCUGACACCCUCCCAGCCAUUUUCAGAUCCAGGACCAGCUUUACUUAACAUUAGCUGAAUGCUGGUCCCUCUGGGUCUUCUCCCUUGGCGCUGCCAUCUUUAAUUAUCUAAGAUAGCAACACCUGGAUGUCAGUCAUUGCCCACAGCUGGGUAUGCGCAAGAAUCUGCAUUGAGAGCAGUGAUGUGGCAUUGGAGGAAGUAGAGUACUUGUGUCCUUGGCCACUAUAGCAGAGAGGUGUGUGAAAGGUGCAACUGUAGAUAUUUUGAUGUCUGUUGCAAGUACUGCCAGAGUGAGACGACAUUCAGGAAUUGUGCAGAGCCUCUGCUAACCCAACACUGUAUGGGCAUGUGCUUGGUGUCCCAAAUGGACUGGCCCAUUGGUAUAUUUUCUUGGAGAUUUCAGGUUCUUGGGUUUGACAGGUUGCUGCCAGAUUAAGUGUGUGUGUGGUGGAGGUAUUUCAAAGUGACUGCAGGGUGAGAUGAGAGUGGAGUUACAGUAAGCUGUUAAUAACGUAGGCAUGAGCAGAUGUCAGUUUUGCUAUGCGAGUCCUAUUAACGGCGGUUACAAGACUAAAUUAUGUCAAAUCUUAUGACUUAAUCAGCCUCUAUUUGUAAAACCUAUUUUUAUUUAAAUUUCUUUUUAAAUGUGAGUUUAACCAUCUGGUCUUUUAUUUGUAUUUUGUAGCUUAUAUUUUUCUUUUUACUUUUGGGCCUGGCUUUUGGCCAAACUGCUAAAAUGUCUCUUCAUGCUUGUAUUCCUUUGAGAAAAUGAAUGUGGCUAUUUAUUUUUAAUUUUGUUGUUGUUGUUAAAUCCACCCCCUUGUUUUCUUCACUAAGAGUUUCCUAAUCUGUUAUAGUCCACCAUCUGGCCAGGUAUUCUGUAACCCAUUGAGGGAGGGCACGUAUAGGGAAUUACCUGUUUAACCCCUUAAGGACACAUGACGUGUGACAUGUCAUGAUUCCCUUUUAUUUCAGAAAUUUGGUCCUUAAGGGGUUAAAAGGAUGCCAUUAAAAUAAACCUACAGCAUCCUCUUGAGUAUUGUACAAUAGCCAUUUAGUGUAAUGUGAACUGGUUUCGUAAUACAAGUCAUGCCUUCCUACAAUAGGUGACUUGACUGUAUUUAGCAGCCAGGUUGCUGCACUUUUUAAAUGCAUAUUAGGUUGCAUAAGUAUUAUUUAACUACUUUGGGUGGUGGGGGGGAGAGAGGGGACUACAGUAAGUUGUAGCUGGUUUGGUGCCUAUAUUGUCCCUUUUUAAAGGAACACUAUAGUCACCUAAAUUACUUUAGCUUAAUAAAGCAGUUUUAACCCCUUAAGACCGGAGGGUGUACUAUUACGCCCUAUUAUAGGCGGCUCUAAACGCCGCCGGGCGUAAUAGUACCCCCUCCGGUCUUUCGGUACUUACCCGGUCGCCGGUGAUCCCACGCCGGCGAUCACGGUUGGAGGGACUCCCAGGGAGCCCCCCGCGGCAUGUCCGACUCCCUGGAAGCCCCCCCGGCCAUGUGAGAGUGAGGUCCUUUUUUUUUAAAUAUACCGCAGGCUAUUAAAACAGGAGAUAAUUUUUAAUGUCGCAGUGAGUUUAGAAGUUAAGUCUGUUUGUUUAUAGCAGGGGUGUCCAACCCACAGGCCGCUAGCAGUGCAGCCUGGGUGGUAAGGGAGGCAGGCAGCCCUGUACAUGCUGUGCUUCUGCUAGACAGCUCCCUUGUGCAUCAUACAGUGAGCUCGCUGCUGGGAUAUGCGAGGGACCUGUACAGGAAGAGCACUGAGAUCCCAGCCAAGCAGCAACCGCUGUCCACCAGGGACCGAGGAUCCAUCCAGCAAGGUAGGGAGGCUGGGUGGACCCCUUAAGUACAACAUUUCUAUGUGUGUGCGCCCGGGUCUGUCUGUGUGUUUAGUAGAGGGCUCCCAAAUUUGGUGGUAUUAAAUAUUGCAAUCCCACAUAAAGAUAACAAAUAAGGUAGUGAUCUACUAAACUGCAAUAUCAAAAUGUUAGAAAAUGGCUUAUUUUUUAAAAAAUUUACAUUCUUUUAUUUUUCAUGCUAGGUUUAUCAUUUCAACAAGUUCAUCAGUUUCACACCGAAUAAGAAGUACAAAGUUAAUGGUGGUCGUCUUGUGUAACAUUGUGGUUAACUGCAUAUUGAAAGCAUUAACAUGAGGGUAUUAAGCAAAUUUACUUCUAGUGGAGACCAACCCAGAGUAGGCCUAGGUGUAAAAGUUGAUAGUGUGUGCUGUGCCCCUCUGAUACUGCAAGUGUGAGAAGUUAAGUAUGCACGUUGGAGAAGGAAGUGUAAGCGCAUAAAUGUGUGCAAAAUCAAGCUUGCUCAUGCGUGUAAGUUGGAUGCCUGCUUGUAUCUGUCGUCUGAGUGCCUAGUGUUUCUGGUCAGUUUGGAUUGUCAUGUGUGGGUACUACUCCAAGACUCUGGUAUACUAAUUCGGCAUCCUAUCUGUUAUUUCCAACCAUGCGGGAGGGGGGAGUGGAGGGUAGUUAAGUUAGGCGCCAUUGAUCUGUUGGUAGUAGGGGAAUUAUCUGCCUCUGUUGAGGGUAGUAAGGGUGUCUGGGAAAACUCGGUGCCGGUGAGAGAAUAGGGUCCUGGGGUGUGUUUUUUUUUUUUUUGAGAGCAGGCUUUAGAUAGUGUCUGUUCAGAAUGGCUUGCGGCUCUUCCCCCCCAGAAAAUGGCUUUUAAAGUUAUACUGCUUGAAUACAUACAGUGAAAGGGGGGGUUGUAUUUGAUCGCCUGCUGAUUUGUGCUGCUUCUAAAUGUGAGGUUGGAGAUAUUCUGGAGUUUUACAGAAGCUUCAACUGUCUAAGAGUUGUGCUAAGAGUUUUCUUUUCUACUGUUACAGGUAAGAUUCAUCUGUAAGAAAAGGUUACUGAUUGUACAAGGUUUAAUUUCCUGUUGGUAAUUUCGUAAGGCAUUUGAUUAGCUAAAUACUUACUAUUGAUUGCUAGUAAAUUAGCUAUUGUUUGCAAAUAAGCAUAGGCCUACCCAGGCGUUAAACAUUCCUAGUGGGUGGUGAUUUUAGAAGUUAUAUAAGGCUUGUUGUCAUUAGCUUGGCUAAUAUAGCUUGGUUGCUACUUCAAAGUGCUGUUUCUAAGUGUGUAGUUGGAGAUAUUCUGGAGGACUAAACAUUUCAGAUUUGUUUGAUUUAAAUUAUUCACCUCAUUGAAAUGGCAGACUUAGUUCAGUGUAAUAGUUGUUAUGCAUUUGUUUCACGUUCCACUUUUUGGAGAUUUGGAUGCUGUUUAAUCUGUAGACAGUUCUCUAUAUUGCGGCAGGAGACUGUAAUUUUGAAGUCUGAGAUUUGUAAAUUAUCUGGUAAACAAACUCUGGCUGGAUCUGCUGCAAAACCACUGCCGCAGAGACGUCCUGGUAGACUUAGAGUUGUGGAUAAAAGGCAUAUUGCACAGUCUGUUACUCUACAUAAUUCAUUUUCUGCACUUUCAGAGUGUAAUGGAGACCAGCACUGAGGGUGGUGAGGCCUAAUAGAAUGCAGUUGUUGUUGAGGGAUUCCAUCAUUAGAGGUGUGGAGAUGGACAAUGGUGGUCUUGUGAGCUGCCGCUCACAGAGACAGGAGACAUAUCUUGUAAUAUUGUUAAGCGAGCAAAGCAGGAAGGGCAAUUGUAUGUACUUGUCCAUCCAGGGACAAAUGACUUGGCUUGCAAUGGGGUUUCAGAGGUUAAGGAAGUUUUUAGUGUGUGGUUUUUUUUUGUUUGUUUUUUUGCCAAUGAUAUAUGGCAGGUUGCUUCCACACUGUCAUUCUCUGAAGUUCUGCCUGUGCAUAACACUCAGAAUGACAGGCGGAUGCGUAUUAGGAACUUUAACUUGUGGCUUGAUGAAUGGUGUUGGGAGCAAGGAUUUGGCUUUAUUUCUCAUGGUAGCUCUGUUUAGAACGGAAAUAAGCUGUACAAAAAAGAUGGUUUGCAUCUUUCUCAAAAGGGAACAAAUGUUCAGAGGUUUUGCUAGGAUGUAUUUAAACUGGUGCGGGGCGGGGGGGCAAAAGGGUGAUAAAACAUCAAUCCAAUUGCCCCCCCAAAACAAGGACAGAAGGUGCCUUUAGCAAGUGUUUAAAAAAUAAGCUUAGAGUCGUGCCUACAAAUGCUCACAGUUUAGAGAAGAUCCAUUAACUUGUGGCAAUAAUGGCAACUGGUAGUGUAGAUUUAGUCGCUGUUACUGAGACAUGGUAUAAUGAGAGAAAUGACUGGGACAUAGCAAUACCAGGGUACUCUUAAUAUAGAAAAGACAGGGAAGGCAAGAAAGGGGGAGGGGUGGCCCUGUAUGUGAAGGAUAGCAUAAAAGUUAGUGAGGCGAACAUUGAGUCCGUUUUGGUUACGUUAGAAUUUGGUAAUCACACAGUAACUCGUGUAGGUGUUAUUUAAGGGCCCCAAGGACAAAUUGAAGAGUUAGAUAAUCUACUAGUUGAGGAAAUAGCUAAAAUGACAAUGAAGGGGGAAGUUAUCAUCAUAGGUGACUUUAAUCUUCCUGAUGUGAAUUUGAAAACCCAAAUAGCUACUUGUGCCAGGAGCACACAUAUUCUAAACUCCCUACUGGGAUUGUCUCUAAAACAAGUCGUUGAGGAGCCAACUCGUAAAGAGGCCAUACUAGAUUUAGUAUUAACAAAUGGAGAUUUGGUAUCAGAUAUUACUGUAGGUGAAAAUGUAGGAUCCAGUGAUCAUCAGUCAGUGUGGUUUAAUAUAAGAACAGUGACUGGGUCACACCACACAAUAACAAAAGUUUUAGACUUUAAAAAAACUUUUUUUUCUAAAAUUAGAAUAUGUGUAGAGGAGUCAUUAUCAGACUGGAGCAAUUUAAAUGGAGUCCAAGAGAAAUGGGAUUAUUUAAAAGAUGCCCUGCUGAAGGCAACAGAAAAUUGCAUUAGGCUUGUCUGUAAAAGCAAAAAAUGGUACUCCGCAGAUGUGGCCAAAAUAGUAAAAACAAAAAGUUGCCAUUUAGUAUUAAUAUAUAAAAAAAAAAAAUAAAAUAAAAUAAUAAUAAUAAUAAACCAGAGUGAGGAAGAAAAGAAUGAUCUAUAAGAUUAGGCAGAAAGAGGCUACAAGUUCUAAACGCCCAAAUCUCAGAAGAGAAGAGAAUAGCACAAGUGUAAAAAAAAAAAAAAAAAAAAAAAAACUUUUUUUUUUUUUUUAGAUACAUAAAUGAGAAAAGGAAAGUAAAACAAGGAUUAGUUAGAUUAAAAACAAAAGGAAGGUAUGUUGAAGAGGAUAAAGGUCUGACUGCCUCAAUGAAUAUUUUUGUUCAGUAUUUACAUAUGAAAAUGAAGGAAAGGGACCUCCGUUAGGAAAAAGGACAAAUGAGCCAUUUAUUACAUUUGAGUUUACAGAGGAAGAGGUUUUAUUUCAACUGUCAAAAGUAAAGAAAAGUCAAUGGGACCGGAUGGAAUACACCCAAAGUUAUUAAAAGAGCUUAGUGGUUGUAACGGCUACCCAGCUGGUAUGGGGGUAUCUGCCGUUGGAGACGUCCUUUUCUAGGCAAGCUGCUGUGAAGGAAUGGAGUUCUUAUUCCCAUCCAGAAUAUCCAAGAGUACAAUCAGGCAUCGCUGUAAAAUGAGGCAGAGUAACUGUACAAUAAAUCCCCUCCAAGAACGAGACGAGGCUACGUUUUGAAGGGUCAAGUAGAACUGAUGUUUGACAGGGGUCUCCUUUUAUGCAAUGGUGCCCUGAAAAAGGCUACACCCACAUAAUUAUCACAAUAACCAAUCAUAUACAUGGUACAACCCCCACGUCUCCUCCCCUCAGAUAAACAUGUAACACAAUUAAAACAUGCACAAUUUUACGCAAGUUCUGGAUGUACCGCUUGAUAGCUCUCAUUCAGGGGAACAACAUAUCCAAUUCGGUUGAGGGGUUCUGGAGUUAUGGGUCUUUGAAGUUUUGACCGACCGCACAGAUUCUCUAGCCGAAAAGAGUUCCAUAAGUUUUGGCUUGCGGUCGGUCUCUGUUCAUGCAUUAAAACCCCACGAACCGCUUGCCAUCCACAGUCACCCUGGUGUUUGCUGGAAUCCCUAUGUGAGCUUAAGCAUAACUACCGAAUGGCCGGUCGUUCGGUAGUUCCAGCACCAAGUUAUGAGCUCAUGGAGGUCUCAGCGGUGUUUGCCUGUUUGCGUGUCCGUCUUUAGUUCCAUGCGUUCACGGGCAAACACCGCUGUUCGUGCGUAAGAUGACCGCGAACGCGUGUAAAAUCCCGAAAUGGCGGCCAUCUAUUCUGAGCACAAAGGAUUCGUGUGAAACCAUGCGAACAGCUCCAAAAGCACUGGGAGGUAAAAUACCACUUAACUGUGCCCCUGGGUGGUCCGAUGUUCGGUAGUUUGAGCUGCAUUCGCCGGUAAUGGUAUUUCCCAUGAUAUAGUUAUUCAGUUUUUAGUAAAUCCAACUGUAUUGAUAAAUAAGUCCAGGCACAAGCAUAGUUCUGUUACAGUGGUGUACUAGCAAAACCAUUAACAGAUUUAUUUAACCAAUCAUUGUUAACAGGAGUAGUCCCAGAAGAUUAGAAGUUAGCAAAUGUUGUGCCCAUCCACAAGAAAGGUAGUAGGGAGGAAAGUGAUGGAAACCAUGUUAAAGGAUAGGAAAAACACAUGGAUUUCAAGAUCAGAGACAACAUGGGUUUUCCUUCAGGGAGAUCAUGCCAAACUAAUCUUAUUGAUUUUUUUUUGAUUGGGUAACUAAAAUUAUAGAUCAGGGUGGUGCAGUAGACAUUGCUUACCUAGAUUUCAGUAAGGCUUUUGCCACUGUUGCACAUAGGCUUAUCAUUAAAUUGCGAUCUAUACGUUUUGGAUUCCAAUAUUGUUGAAUGGGUAAGGCAGUGGCUGAGUGACAGGCAACAGAGGGUUGUAGUUAAUGGAAUAUAUUCGAAGCUUGGGCUUGUCACCAGUGGGGUACCUCAGGGAUCUGUACUUGGACCCAUCCUCUUUUUUAAUAUUUUUAUUAGUGAUAUUGCAGAAGGUCUUGAUGGUAAGGUAUGUCUUUUUGCUGAUGAUACUAAGAUAUGUAACAGGGUUGAUGUUCCAGGAAGGAUAUGGCAAAUGAUUUAGGUAAACUAGAAAAAUGGUCAGAGCUGUGGCAACUGACAUUUAAUGUGGAUAAGUGCAAGAUCAUGCAGCUUGGACGUAAAAACCCAAGGGCAGAGUACAGAAUAUUUCAUACCCUACUAACCUCAACAUCUGAGGAAAGGGAUUUAGGGGUGAUUAUUUCUGAUGACUUAUAGGUAGGCAGAGAAUGCUUGGUUGUAUAGGGAGAGGCAUUAGUAGUAGAAAGAGGGAAGUGCUCAUGCCAUUGUACAGAACACUGGUGAGACCUCACUUGGAGUAUUGUACGAAGUACUGGAGACCGUAUCUUCAGAAGGAUAUUGAUACUUUAGAGAGAGUUCAGAGAAGGGCUACUAAACUGGUUCAUGGAUUGUAGGAUAAAUCUUAUUAGGAAAGGUUAAAGGAUCUUAACAUGUAUAGCUUGGAGGAAAGACGAAACGGGGGGGAUAUGAUAGAAACAUUUACAUACAUAAAGGAGGAAAAUUUAUAUAUAUAUAUAUAUAUAUAUUUUUUUUUUUUUUUUUUUUUUUUUUUUUUUUUAAGAAAAGCUGGUAGAUGUUAACACAGUAAAUGAGUUUAAGCAUGUGUGGGAUAGGCAUAAGGCUAUCCUAACUAUAAGUUAUGGCCAAUGAUUCUCCUGAUUUUUAAAACUCCACGAGGUGAGAUCUUGCAUGGAGCACCAGACCGAGGGAGACUGACAGUUAUUUCGCGUUUCUUCCAUUUGCAACUGUCACCUUCUCAUCAAGCUGCUUGGCGUUUGUCUUGUAGCCCAUUCCAACCUUCUGUAGGUUUACAAUAUUGUCCCUGACAUCCUUUGACAGCUCUUUGGUCUUGGCAAUGGUGGAGAGUUUGGAAUCUGAUUGCUUCUGUGGACAGGUGUCUUUUUAUGUGUGGCCCAGGCCAAUUCUUCUGCUCUCGAUUUACAGCACAAGGAAGCCAAAAUGUUGGUCAUCCAUGGUUUAUAGGGGGGCUGUAUAAAUCAGACAGGCUAGGUGUGAAACGGGUUAAAUAAACCUUUUUUAGUGUAAGUGAUUUAAGUACUAAAUGGCAGGGAAAUUGGCGAUGAGACUGCAGGGGGUAUGAUCUAUAUAUACCAAAACAUUUCAUUAAGCUUGUUAUUUUGGUGCUGAGGCAGAAGUGCUUGGUGCCCCUUUUUAAGACCACUCAAGCACAUGACUCCAUCCAUUUGUGAUUUGGAAGGGGCUUUAAGGGGGAGAGAACUACCAUUAAACAAAAUUGUAGAAAGUAACAAACAUAAGUCAACUACAUCAUACUUGAUCUGUUGGGGUAAACUCAUUCUUUCCUUGGAUUUUUGUACAUGAUGCUAACCACUUGGUAAGUGCAGGUAAGCUUACACCUAAAGGAACACUUUGAGAUACAGGUUUGCAUUCCUAAAGCCUCCCGCAAUUUCCUCUAGUUCUCUUCCAGGUCCUCAAAUUCAUUAAGACAAAGUGGCCUUUUAAUGGCCAUAUUGUUCUCCUUCAAAUAUUGAUUAUUAAGGUUUGAUAGUAUACCAAUACAAGUAUAUUCUAAUUGUUUCAAUGCUAUGAAUGGGAUUAUCUGGUCAUCAUCUAAUCUGAUCCAUUUUAAAUGUCGUGUUUUUUUUGUUUUUUUUUCUAGAACUCACUACACCUGUAGGGAAAGCAACAACCGGUGCUUCCUCGAACGCUGAGGGCUUUGAUGUACCAGUUAUUGCAGGUAAAGCCUUUUUUUUUUUUUUUUUUUUAAGGAUCUCAGACAGCACGUUGUAGUGGUUAUGGUGGCAUGGGGAAUUUGGGGCUGCCCCACCACCAAAUUGUAAGAAUUCAAACUGCUUGAGAAGGGUUUAAAUUCUUAUCUGGGGUCCAGUAGAUGCUAUUCACCACUUCCACUACCUCAGAGAGCCAGAUGCUCAGCCUACUGCUAGUCCUGUGCGGUGUUGCUCCUGAGCAUUAAGAAGCUUCUAAAAGGGGUAUAACUAUCCCUUUUUGUCUCCACCCUCCCCCAAUAUAUAAUUUUCUUCUAUUUUUUUUUUUUUUUUUGAAGUUCACUUUAUUUCUUAAACUCCCUAUCAUGCAGUUGAUGAUGCUAUGUUUAUUAAUAAUGGCUAUUUUGUUUGAUUCACCUUCUUGUCCUUUCCAUGUGUGAGAAUAAGAAAUGACUUGGUGGAUUGCAUGUUGCAUAUCAUUUUGUUGGUAUCUUGAUAAAUAUGCUUUUUGUAAUUUUAUUUUCAGAUUUAGGCAAUAAUGUAUUUGAGAGCUCUGCCAAAUAGGGAGUGCCAUUUUAAUGCUAUUUUAUGUAGUGCUAAAGAAAAGUGGUUUUAGUGCCGUUCCUCAGCCUCCCAGUGUAGCUUUCAGUAUUACCCCCACAAAAACUCUAAUACCAUGUAAAAGCCCUAUAACAACUUUCAAACCUUCAUGCUGGGCACACACAAUACUGACAAAACAGGAAAAGUUCUCGUCUCAAAGAGAGCUGAGCCACUUACUAUACAUGCGUAAUCCAAAGCAUCUCUAAAACCCAGCCCAGUGCACUGACCUAUGAAUGUCUAUUUAAAAUGAAAUACACUUUUGCAAAUGUUUGAUUAUUAAUGUAGUCUUUCUCACUUAGGUGUCAUUGCUGCUGUUUUCAUAACACUUCUGAUUGCUGUGGUGUUAAUAUCUGUCUACUUGUACAAACAUAAAGGGAGUUAUGUCACCAAUGAGUCACCAGAGGAAGAGUCAACCAAGGCUUUACAGACAGAGGAGGAUUCCUCUGAGAAGCAGGAAUAUUUAAUGUAACCUGUUCAAGGACUGGAGGACGUUCUAGGAAGUCCUAUUGAAUCCGGAAGCGGCCAGAUAUAGACUUCUAUUUAUUUGGAGUCUGGAUCCUUUUGUUAUGCAUUUUUGUUUAGUUUCUGCUGUGUCCCCCUCCCCUCUUUUUGUGACUUCAUUAUAUGGUCCUGCUGGAUUUAGCAAUUGGGAUGCUAGAAUGGCGACUUCUAUUCAGUCAAGGACACUGCGUUGGGUUUUAGACAAAACUUUCAGUGCUGAACUGCGUGAAAGCAAAGUUAUUUUAUAUGCAACACUAUAACACUAAUGGCAGCAUAAGCUUAUCUUUCCAUUAGACAUUCUAGGGGUUAUGUACCCUCAAUUUCUGCACAAAAAGUAGAUUUAAAUGGUUUAUUUGUGCAGGUGGAAGGGUAACUCUGCCAGACCCAUUUGUUGGAUGUACAAAUCACUCGUAAUGUGCCUGGGUGAAUCUUUCUUUAAUGUAAAUAGUGUUUCUAGAAUUUUUUUAUUUUUUUUUGAGUAUUUAAAAGACUGCACUAGAGGGAGUUGGCAUGUGUUCCGUGCACUGUUUGUAAGUAGUAAACCAAAAUAUAUUUAAAAAUACUUUGUUGCUCUGUUGUGAAAAUCUUUUUUUCCUCUUUAAUAAAUCUUUUUCAGUUUAUUUUUAAAAUAGAA